AUGAAAAAGAAAAGAAAAGGUAGCUGUGAAUUAUGGUAACAGGGAGUAGACAGUGACUUUUCUAUUUCUGGGAUGCCAAAUUGUCAUCUUCUGUGAGCACUUAUUCUGCCUUUGGAUGCCCUGUUCCAAAAUGUCGGUGGAAAAGGGUGGUGGUGGGUUGUGCUCAUGUUUGAGUGGGCUCAAAGACCAACCUAGCAGUCUGCCCAAAUCUUUUUCAAUACUGGUCAUCAUCACUGGGGGGAGAUUUAAACCAAGCCCUCCAUUCUGAAUCAAGUGCUCUAUUUUUACUCUCUCCCCUUGAAGUAGCCUUGAACACAAUAUUAUUAGAGUUGCACACAAGAAGAGCAUUCACAGCCACCCACCAUUUCGUGUGAGUAUUUUCCCCCCUCCUGUUGGAUUGGACCAUCAUUUUUACACCUAAAGUUCUCUCAUGAAAUUUGGUAACAGGACAUGUGCACGUUGUAUUCUGACGCCCAUUUAAAGGUGACCAGUGGGGGCGGGUGAAAUCUUGCUUUCCCACUGUGAAUGGGGGGGGCAUAAUUAAGUACUUGUAAGGAAUAAAUCCUACACAAAUCCAGAGUGGAGUCCCUGCAAUGGUUGGAUGGCAUCUUCUGCCCCUCCUUCCGGCAACUCCUGCAGCCAAGUAUUGCUCUGCAUUCCUUUGGACCACAUCAACAAGGCCGGGGGGGGGGCGUGUCUUGUUGUUUGAGCAGCCCAGGAGCUCAAUACACACUGCCCAGGCUUGUGCCCUGGGGGAUGUCACUUCAGUGCUGCUAACACAGUGGUUUUGACUUCACCCCUGGAGGCAUACUCCAUUGUCUCUCGAGACAUACGGAUGCCAACAGCUUGUAGUAUGCUCAUAAGAGGCUCCUUAGUUAUAUGUGUUGAAUUAUUUCAGUACUGGCAGAAUAUUGAAUAGUAAAGUAAAUAUAUAUUCUGUAUCUAUGUGCAAAGCAGUGUUUUGGAAGAUUGAACAUCUCUUUGUAGACAAAAAACCCCUCUGCUACUCAUUUUCUGCAUAAGCUCAAGGAAGCAGAUAGGAAAUCAAUUUUGUGGGGGAUUCCCUUCAGAGACCGCCAACAGCUCAUGCCUGCCCACUUCCAUGAUUUUAUGCUAGGAUUGUGAAACAUCAAGUAGUUAAAUAUUUUCAAUUGAACAACUGUCAAUCAUCAUUAAUAACUGUAGCCAUCUUAAGAACUCUCGCUUCCACCACUGCUCUGAUUGAUUACUGAAAUAUGAUACUUAACCACAAAUAGUGGGUUAUUAAUAGCAAGCAUCAUGUUUGUCUGGUAACCUCGUUAUCUUUUCUAUGUGUUAAAAAGAGAGAGAGCCCCGGCUUCACAAUCAGAAUAAAUAAGGAUAUAAUUAAUAAUACGACCUGUUAUCAAUAAGAUGUGGUGAAAUCCUAGGGAUAAGAAAUGGAACUUGUUAUUCUGUGAUAGAAAUGCUGUUCUCUGAAAAUACAGCAAAUGUAGUUUAAAUAAAAGUCAUAAACAGGCCUUGUUUGCACAGUGUAAAGUAUAUCGUUAGGGGGAAAUCUUUUGCCCUCCUAGUUUGUAACCAAGAAUCUCCCCCCCCCCCGCCCACCUCCACCCCAGCAACUGAAACCACUGUAGUUAAGCCUGGUUUUGUGAGCUUGAAAAGUUUUUUGGUGGAAAAAAAUUAUCAAAUGAAAACUGAAGAAAAAAAUAAAAGACUAGAAAUUACAGAAACAAAUCGUAAUCAAUAAACAUUCCUAAAAUAAGUUGUCAUUUCAGGCCAAUAUUCACUCAGUGUUCAUUUAGACACAAAUGAUUGAAGAGAUCCCUGAUAGACUCAGCCAAUGAAGGUUUUCUUUCAGCUUCAUAUUUAAUUACCUUCCGUCUCUGUGUGUGUUUAUUUAUUUAUAAUAUUUCAUAUUGACAAAUGAUGCAAAUAAAUUGUGUACAUAAGUACGAUAAUUUAGUUUGCCCCGAGUAAUUAAUUUUUCAGAGCACUUGUACCCCACUCUGCAGCCUGGAAAAUUUCACGCACAGCUUACAAAUCAAUACAAAUAUCACAAGCCAGCCCUCAGGCUUGGUUUACUCUUGUUUUUUAAAUGUUUGUUUUUGUAAGCUGAUUUGAAUCCAUCUUUUUGCAGAGGGACACUCAUGGUAAAGACCCAUAUCUAGAUAUAAAAAAGUGUGACCAAAAAAAAAAUUACCAUCAGUUGCCCCACCCCCAAUGCCCUUCCGCUUCAACCUUACUGACUGCUGUUAGGAGGAGGGUGGAGACUUCAUGAUGCCCUAUUUCUAUGAAUGCUUAUUUCACAGAAAAAAAGUGGGGCUUGAUAUGGGGUUGUAGUCAGUAUACACAGCAUAAGGUGCUGGUCAGGAGGUGAUUUGGGGAUGGAAUUGACUUGCAAUGUGCCGCAGCGGGGAAAGCAACAGCAGGCCAACGUAUUAAUUGCUUUUUAAAGCCAUAAACCCCACCUUCCUUGUCUUUUGUUAAGACUCCCACUCCAAACAGAAUUGUGCACCCAGGCAUCUUAUUGCUUCUUUGGAAUUUAAUUUAUGGAGCAGGGUAAUGAUGAUUGACGACUGGGGCAAGCAAUUGAUGAGGAAAUGAUUUUGGAGCGGGAUCUGGGUGGGCAAUUAAUCGGGGGUAACUUAAUUGGAUAGGUCCUUAUUAAUUUGGGGUUAUCUGGGGCGGGGUGUGAAUUAAUUGAAUACUGCAAUUGAUUUGUGCUGAUCUGAAUGGAAAUUAAUCGGCUUGCCUUCUGUGAAAUUUAAAUUGCGGCAGUGGUUUCUAAAUUUGCACCUGUACAUGUAAAGUAGUGCAUGUAAAUCUAUGUCGUGUUUUGCCCUCUUUUUUGACACCCUGUGAGGAAGGAGGUGGGGGAGAGACAAGGAUGCCAAAGGGUGAAUGUGGACAAAUGCAGCUGCAUGCAUUUGUCACUUGGUUACAAGCCAGUGGCGGGGGGGGGGGCAGAGUCAAAGUGAGUGAAACAACGAAUUUACCCUUUUACAGUACGGUAGUCUUUUCACACACUCAAACCUCAAACAUUGUCGUCAGAGUGCAAGGACCCUCAAGGAAGGGUGUGAAGGAAGGGCAAUGAGAGGCAUGACCUGGGAAGAGGCCCCUUGCAAGAAAGGUAGAUUUUGAGGAGAGAUCCAUGCCAUAGGGGUAGCAAAAGAAAAUGGGUAGAGCCAUACAGCGAUACCUUGGGUUACAGACGCUUCAGGUUACAGACUCUGCUAACCCAGAAAUAGUACCUUGGGUUAAGAACUUUGCUUCAGGAUGAGAACAGAAAUUGUGUGGCAGUGGCAUGGCGGCAGCAGGAGGCCCCAUUAGCUAAAGUGGUACCUCAGGUUAAGAACAGUUUCAGGUUAAGAACAGACCUCCAGAAUGAAUUAAGAACAUCUUAUAGGGCUUUUAUGAAAACCUACGAGAUGGCGGUGAAGGCUGCUAAGAAGUCCUACUUCUCGGCCUCCAUUGCCUUCGCUAGCUCUCGCCCAGCGCAAUUAUUUAGUAUAAUCAGGUCUUUAACGUCCCUUGAGGGACAGCCAAAUUUAAAUAACAAUUUGACACACAGCUGUGAGGCAUUUGGGAGCUUUUCUGCGGAGAUGGUCUUGUUGCUCCGCCAUGACCUCCCUGCCAAUUUGGAUACAAUAAAGGAACUGGAGGCCCCUCGACUGUCCUCGGGUCCAGUAUUGGACCACUUCGACCGGAUAUCCCCAGCUGAUGUGGACAGACUCCUCCGAGCUGGAAAGCCCGCCACCUGUCCUCUCGACCCGUGCCCGUCUUGGCUGAUUAGAGCGUGUCCAGACGAGGUGCGGGCCCUCCUGGGGGAUAUCAUCAAUUUGUCCCUUGGCACGGGGACAUUCCCAGGGGAACUGAAGGAGGCAGUGGUGUGCCCGCUCUUAAAGAAAGCAUCAUUAGAUCCUUUAGAUCUAUCCAAUUACCGCCCAGUUUCGAAUCUUCCGUUCCUGGGUAAGGUGAUUGAGAGAGCGGUUGCUGAACAGCUUGGUGGGUUUCUGGAUGAAACAUCGGCUCUGGAUUCAUUCCAGUCCGGCUUCCGCACUGGUCAUGGGACCGAGACGGCUCUGGUUGCCCUAACAGAUGAUCUUCGUAGACAGCUGGAUCGAGGCGGGUCGGGGCUGCUGAUUCUUCUAGAUCUGUCAGCAGCUUUUGACAUGGUCGAUCACGAACUUCUGGACCACCGCCUUGCCGACGUGGGGAUCCAGGGCACAGUCCUUCAAUGGCUGCGCUCGUUUCUAUCUGGUCGGGGACAGAGGGUGGCGCUUGGGGGGGAAUUGUCAUCACGCCACUCCUUGGUGUGUGGAGUACCUCAGGGUGCGAUACUCUCCCCAAUGCUUUUCAACAUCUUUAUGCGCCCCCUCGCCCAGCUUGUUUGGAGUUUUGGGCUGGGUUGCCAUCAGUAUGCCGAUGACACCCAACUCUAUCUGUUGAUGGAUGGCCAUCCUGACUCGGCCCCAGAUACACUGACCAGAUGUUUGGAAGCUGUGGCUGGAUGGUUACGUGGGAGCCGGUUGAAGCUAAAUCCUUUGAAGACAGAGGUCCUGUGGCUGGGACGGGGCGAUAUGGGAUUGGGGGGGCAACUCCCAUCUCUUGUGGGGGCGCAAUUAGUGCCAGCACCGUCUGUUAAGAGUUUGGGUGUAAUCUUCGACACCUCCCUUUCCAUGGAGGCGCAGAUUGCAGCUAUAACAAAGGCGGCAUUUUUCCAUCUCCGCCAAGCUAAGCAGUUGGCUCCUUACCUCUCUCGCCCUGACCUAGCCACUGUGAUCCACGCGACGGUCACCUCCAGACUGGAUUAUUGUAACUCGCUCUACGUGGGGCUGCACCUUGAGACUGACCCAGAAACUUCAGCGGGUGCAGAAUGCUGCAGCGAGACUCCUUAUGAGGUCUUCGCUGCGAGAUCACAUUCAUCCGGUGCUAUACCAGCUGCACUGGCUCCCGGUGGAGUACAGGAUCAGGUUUAAGGUGCUGGUUUUAACCUUUAAAGCCCUAUACGGCCUAGGACCCUCGUACCUACGGGACUGCCUCUCCUGGUAUGCCCCACAGAGAAACUUACGGUCUUCAAAUAAAAACAUCUUGAAGGUCCCAGACCACAGAGAAGUUAGGCUGGCCUUAACUAGAGCCAGGGCUUUUUCGGCUGUGGCUCCGAUCUGGUGGAACACUCUGUCACAAGAGACCAGGGCCUGCAAGACAGAGCCGUUCCACCAGGCCUUUGGCCAGGGCACAGCCUGACUCCCUCCCUCGACAAUCUUCACGGAGCUCUGGCCCAAUGGUUGCCAGUGGCUUGAAUUAAUUAAUAUAAUAAUGAAUGAUUUUAGAGUGUUGUUUAUGCUGUACUUUUGUACUGUUUUAUUGUUGUUAGCCGCCCUGAGCCCGGCUUCGGCUGGGGAGGGCGGGAUAUAAAUUAAAUUUAUUAUUAUUAUUACCGCUGUACUUGUGAUAAGUAAAUUUGCAUUUGACUAUUGCUAGUUGGAAGGGACGCAGGUGGUGCUGUGGGUUAAACCACAGAGCCUACGACUUGCUGAUCAGAAGGUCAGUGGUUUCAAUCCCUGUGACGGGGUGAGUUCCCGUUGCUCGGUCCCUGUUCCUGCCAACCUAGCAGUUUGAAAGCACAUCAAAGUGCAAGUAGAUAAAUAGGUACUGCUCUGGCAGGAAGGUAAACGGCAUUUCCAUGUGCUGCUCUGGUUCGCUAGAAGUGGCUUAGUCAUGCUGGCCACAUGACCCGGAAGCUGUACGCCAGCUCCCUCAGCCAAUAAAGUGAGAUGAGUGCCGCAACCCCAGAGUCGGCCACGACUGGACCUAAUGGUCAUGGGUCCCUUUACCUUUACCUUUAUUGCUAGUUGAUUAAAGACAUGAAAAAAUGGGUGCCUUUUAAGUUUGAUUCGUGAGAAAAACUCCACAGAGUAGUGAGGUGCAAAAUAAAAUGGCAGCAAUAAAUUAUUGAGGAAAGGUGGAAAACAACAAGGGCAUUCUCUUAGGAGCUGUUAGUUUUCAUUUUGCAACUUGUCGGACCCUUCAGCAAGAAAUUAUUAAUAAAUGUUCACCUCCUUUAUUACUGUCCUAGAUUAUCAGUUUAAUGUACGAUACAUUAGAACAAAUCACAAAGGCAGCCGUAAAUUGUGCUACAGUGAUUCAUUGCUAGAUCUGGCGGUGGUCUCCUGAAUCAUGACCAUAUUUCAAAGGAAUUAUGUAAUGUUUCCAAAUAGAAAUGCGUACCUGCAAUGCACAGCAUUCUGUCGGGUCUUGGAUUAAGCGAGUCCAACAAUAAGAGAUAGCUAAAAGUGCAGUCCUGUGUUUGUCUAUUCAGAAGGAAGUGGGUAUACACUGUGCUUUGUAUGUGGACAAGAGCUGAAGUAGUGGGCUCUAAUUUAGGGAAUGCUGUGGCUAAAGAAACUUUAUCCUGGUUGUUUUUUAGCUGCUUUGGAAAGAGAUGCCUAUUAGGCAAAAAAGCUGCUGGCUUUUCAAUGUACCGCCUCUCUUGGUACCAUAGUUAACAUUCUAUGUAUACUAAGGUAAAGGUAAAGGGACCGCUGACCAUUAGGUCCAGUCGUGGCUGACUCUGGGGUUGUGGCGCUCAUCUCGCUUUAUUGGCUGAGGGAGCCGGCGUACAGCUUCCGGGUCAUGUGGCCAGCAUGACUAAGCCGCUUCUGGCAAACCAGAGCAGCGCACAGAAACGCUGUUUACCUUCCCGCCAGAGCGGUUCCUAUUUAUCUACUUGCACUUUGAUGUGCUUUCAAACUGCUAGGUUGGCAGGAGCAGGGACUGAGCAACGGGAGCUCGCCCCGUCACAGGGAUUUGAACCGCCAACCUUCUGAUUGGCAAGUCCUAGGCUCUGUGGUUUAACCCACAGCGCCACCCGCGUCCCAAUGUAUACUAGGGGUAGGGAAUUAUUAUUUUUAGCCAGAGAGCUUCAUUCCUUUCCAGGGGAUGGGUGGGGUGGGGGACACAGGCUAGGGCUGGGUGAGGCCAGAGAUAAAAGUGAGCAGAACAACUAGCACAAAUCUUAGCUUUGAACAGUAGCCUAGUUCUUAACACACUCUCGCACCCCUCUCUGUCCUCCACACAGGCAAGGAAGAGGCAUUAGUUCAAGGAUGCAUUCCAGCCAGGCAAAAACACUCAAACAGGGUCAGUGGAGGUUGCGGACUUGAAAGAGGGCUUAUGGAUGGGGAGAAUCCAGGGUCAGAUAUAGAGAGGUCUGAGGUUCUCCAUGCCUGACAUAUACUGCAAUGUCAUAGAUGAUGUCGCUAUUUUCAGGGAGUCUGGGAUGUUGAAAUUAAGGGUGCUCACUAGGAGCAACUCUUAGACUCAGGCAUCUCUGGUCACCUUGCAUCUAGAUUUGUGUUCAUUGAAGGGAAAGGGAAUUUAUGGGGGAAGAGAAACAAAUACCUCACAAUGUUCAUAUUAGCCUAUGGACCUAGGGAGAGAGGUUGCAAAAAAAAAAAAAAAGAGUUCAAUGAGCAAGCACUUAAGAUUAGUUAAGAGGGUUCCGGUGCAAAUUGUGUGAUGUAAAUGGUAUGGUGUGAUCCCAGUGUGGUGUAUUGGUUAGAGUGUUGAACUAGGACCUUGGGAGAUCAGGGUUGAAAUCCCUGCUCAGUCAUAAAGCCCACUGGGUGGCCUUGGGCCAGUCACAGUCUCUCAGCCUAACUUGCCUCACAUGAUGGUUGCGAAAAUAAAAUGGAGAGGCAGGAGAACCAUGUGUUGAGCUCCUUCGAAGAAGCUCAAACCUUGUGUAAAGUUAAUAAUAAAUAAAAAUAAAUGGUGUGAAGACCUCAGAAUCAGCACAGUAGCAUUACCCCCCGGUAAUGUGUGAGUGAAGAGCACUGAUGAGCACAGCAAGUAUGGGACUAACAAGAGUCUCUGAUGUGGGGCCAUAAAGACUUUGCCAUGGGUGGGGUGAAUCCCAGUACCUGCAUUUCUUAGAAAAUAUGUUUGUGGAGAAUAUUGUUUUAGCAGUAGAACAAAUCUUGCAGGAUGCCUCUGCCUUGCUUUCCAAGCAUAGGUUUAAAUUGCAGUGUUGUUGGCUCAAGUUAGAUUGCAGUGCCAUUGUUCCUGAUGUAACAUAUUGUUUUAUUUCAUAUUUGUCAGUUUGUUUCCUUUAUAUGAAGCAGAGAAGCAUCUGAGAGUUCAGGUAUCAAUGCUUUCGAUGUCUACACUCCUGGUCCUGGAUCCAUUCAGACCAAACAAAAUAACUGCAUAAAGCAAGGCUCCUUUGUUGCAUAUUUUAACUCUCCAUACCUGCCUUUAUCAGUGCUCCUUCUUUAACAGUUGUAGACCUGUUCAUAUUUGUGAACAAUGUGGAAAGGCAGCUGUCUGAGAGAAGGAAAUAUAGAACCACACUUCAGAGCUGCCUGCUGAGAAUGAAACUGUAGGAAAUGGGUUCUGAUUAAGCUCUAAUUAAAUAAAGUGCUUAGUAGUACCAGGAAGGGAAAUAAAAAAUGGUACUGAGAGUGAUCCGUUGCUUUCAGCAUAGACUUGAUUAAAAAAACAUUUUGACCUUUUCUGUGCAGUUUUAUUGCAUAUGAUUUUGAAAUUACUGUUAAAUCAGUUUAGGUCUAUAGUGUAGGUAUGUCAAAUAGGUCAGUGUUGAUUUGAUACAGUGUGGGUUCAUGCAUUAGCCACUGGAAAUUGCUUGAAAAUUAAGAAAGGUUUAAUAUAAGGGAGGUGUUUGGGAUGGAUAAAUGACUCCAGAGGGCAAGUGGUCAGUUAUGGGCAGCUGAGAUUGAUCAGCUAAUUUGUUCCUCCCCCCCCCCUUUCUGUUUUUAAAAUGUUAUCAUUUAGAUAGCAUGUGCAAUUCUGCCCUCAUACAUUUUUAUUAAAUUGUCCAUUUUUAACAAUAAAGUACAGGAACUUCAAUUAGCAAAGAGAGUGAACCAAUAUGACCACCAGUGCUUGCUUUCUUAUGAUAUGGAUAAACAUAGUUAACAAAAACAUUUGUAGAGGAUUAACACAAUAAGGGAUGUGGGUGGUGCUGUGGUCUAAAUCACAGAGCCUAGGGCUUGCCGAUCAGAAGGUCGGCAGUUAGAAUCCCCGCCAUGGGGUGAGCUCCCAUUGUUCGGUCCCAGCUCCUGCCAACCUAGCAGUUUGAAAGCAUGUCAAGUGCAAGUAGAUAAAUAGGUACCGCUCCGGCUGGAAGGUAAAUGGCAUUUCCGUGCGCUGCUCUGGUUUUGCCAGAAGCAGCUUAGUCAUGCUGGCCACAUGACCUGGAAGCUGGCUGCGGACAAACGCCGGCUCCCUCGGCCUAUAGAGCUAGAUGAGCGCACAACCCCAGAGUCGUCUGCGGCUGGACCUAACGGUCAGGGGUACCUUUACCUUUACCUUUUACCUUUUUAACACAAUUCACAAACAUAAACAUUGCAUCAGCUCUAGAAGGGAAUGCAAUGAGUUGCUGGAGAGCCAAAUUCUGUGUGCUACAUGGAAUAUGGAGGUAACAUCCUCUACCUGAGGCUGCAACAUGUCUUGGGUUGUCCCCAUGCACUGCUGAUAUCUGACUAUUGCACAGUUCAAGAUAAUAACAUAUAUAAAACCAGUUAUGGUUAUAAAAUUAAAGAAUAAGAACAUAUCACCACUUUUUAAGUAUUAGGCCCAUCUAGGCAUAUGAAGCUAAUGUAAACGAAACUGCCCUUUUUUACAAAACCAGUUUGGCAGAUCAGUUUCUACACUAUUGCUUUCCUUUCGCAUUUUAUUGAGCAAUGGAUUGAACCACAUGGCAGCUGGUACAGCUUUUUAAUUUUUGUUAGGCUUUUAAUACCCUGCCCUUCAGGAUGUUUCCAGAAUAGCUCCCAGUACAAAAAUAUGACACAACGAUGCUGAAAUUACGAAGCAAGUUGACCAAUGACAUCCAAAAUAAAAACAGAGAUCGAAAAGACCUGAGAAAAUUUUAAAAAGGGUUCACCUGGUGUCAGAAAAGGCAGAAAACCCAGUCACAGCUGAAGCUUCCUGGGGAACGAGUUCCAAACCUGGAAUGUGACUCCAUAGAAGGCCCCUGUGUUCGGUCACCACCUGCCAGAUGGGGGUGGGAUCUGUAAAAACUUCUGAGGCAGAUUUCAAUAUGGAGGCAGGUAUUUGAGGGAAGAGGUAGUUAAUCUAGCAUGAUCAACCCAAAGAACCAGCUGGACAAAUAUAUCUCUUGAAAGUUACAGAAGGGAAGUGUGUUGCCUUUGCAAAGUGCUUUUUUUAAAAAAAGGCCACCUAGUCAUUGUACAUAUUGCAUUCCUUCAUUUCUGUAUCUUUUCCAGUUGCCUUUGGCCUCUACUUUCCCCGGAGGGAGUAUCAUGAGAACGUCUACCUUGACCAACCCAGCGGAACCCCCCUGCUGCAGAUCCAUGCCUUGAAAGAUUCGGACGAGGAGAAUACAUAUUUUUGGCUGUGCCCACAACUCCACAUCCCACGAGCUGGAAGUAAAGACAAUCUCUGGUUUCAAAUCCAAGAGAAAACUGGACUUCUUUUCCUCAAUAAGAGUCUAGAUAGGGAGGACUUCGAUAUGCUGUGUAAGUCAUGCAGAUGAAGCAGAUGUCCUCAUUGCACUGUGUGUGUGUGUGUGUGUGUGUGUGUGUGUGUGUGUGGUAUCAUGUUUACCUUCAUUUGCAUCUGGUGGAAUUUAUCCAGAUACUAAUUGUUACCAAAUCAGUAGAACUUUUCAUUGAAUGGAAGGUACUCUGGAAUCUCUUCCUAAAUAUUGCACAGACACCAAUAAGAAGAUGGGUAACCAUGUCAGUCAACUGCAAGAACAACAAACAGUCCUGGUGCUACCCCCGAGAUCAAGAAAUUAAUCAUCACAUUGUUCCCCCACCCAGUCAGCCCUUUGCCUAUAGAAACAUAUCAUACCACAAAUACAUUAGUUUUAAAGAUUGACACAAGAAGAGAUGCAUCAAUAAUAAUGUGAUUCUCUUUUGUUUACUUGUGGUUAAUGUGUGGAGACAGAGAAGCAGGCCUCAAAGGAUGCUCGCAAGUAGCAGUUUAUUAUAUGAAGGUUGCCCAGAGUGUCUUGGCCAUUUACCUUCUCCUGUGUCCUUCUCUGCUACUUUGGUUCAAGCCACUCACUCAAAGGAGAUAACACUUGGAUGAAUUGUUCUGAUUGAUUUCUGGAACAUGUGACAGAUGAGUGAAAUAAUAACUCUCUGCACUCUAAGGUUAUUUUUAACUUACUUGUAAACCCAAAAUCCUAGCUCUGAAUGAACUGUACAGAAAGAGGAACAAGAACAAACCAGAGAUUUAAUUGUUUGUUGCAGUUAACAGAAAAUUACAAUUCUUUAUUUAAGAUUGGGGGUUUUUUCUACGUCGUUCUUCGGGCCAGUCUCAGAAAGCAGUAUACAUGGAAAUGUUAAAACCCUAAUAAAAGAGCAAAGACAGACUGCAAAGGGGGGGGGGAGUUCCAUGAAAACUCUUUGAAAGGUCUUCCCUCCCAUCAGGGCAAGGUGAUUCAGUGGCACUUGGGGGAAGGAGAGGCCAAAUAGCUCAAACAGUAGAGCAUGAGACUCUUAGUCAUGGGUUCAUGGGUCAUGGUUUCGAGUCCCACAUUGGGCAAAAGAGUCCUGUACUGCAGGGGGUUGAACUAGAUGGCCCUCAGGAUCCCUUCCAACUCUACCAUCCUGUGAUUCUGUGAUCUCAGCUGGAACACUUUAGAGCUACAUGGUGGGCAGCUGUUUGGGGUGCUUUGUCUAGGUGGGUAUAGAACCAUAGAUGAUGGUGAAUUGCUAAAAUGAGGGCUCUUUGUAAUCUUCCCUGUUUCUCUUGUCUCCUCCCUAAUAGUUCCAGGAAUUUCGGUAUCAAAGCUGAUCCUCCAAGUUUUCGUCUCACCCCAACCUUUCCAAGGGAAGGAGUGCCAUGAAUCUUAUACCAAAGUAUUGGUGAAGCUUUCUAUUAUCAAUUCCACCAUGCCAGCUUGCAGUUAUGGGAUGCCAAGCCAGUUGUGUUUUUCCAAUAUGGACCUUUCUUUUCACAUCAAGGAGAACAAACCACCAGGGGUAUUCCAUCAGCUCCAGUCAUAUCCUCUGCAAAACCAGUGCCAGAAUGCAAGCAUUUCCUAUGAGGUGAUAGCAGGUAAAGCAGCUGCUUGUCCAGUGGGCAGCAGGGACCCUGUUUGCCUUCGCAAAUUCUUUUUCAUUGGGUUUUCUGCACAGCUUUAGAACAUACUUCCAAAUAUGGCUCCCAUGAGCCUCUGGAGGAGCUAUUGGAAGCUGGGCAAAAGUUUGCAUUGGAAGGCACUUGCAUAGGUAGAAGCCACUUAUGAAAAUACUUGGUCAAAACAUUUGGAAACUUGGAUUAGGUAUAGAAGUUAUACCAUUCCCCCCCCCCCCCACAUGUGUAAUGGUUCAGCAAAUUCCAUAAAUUUAAAAAACAAAAACCUUAAGCAACAGAUUUCAUGGCCUUCAUUGUUUAAUUAGGAAUAUUUCACUAUUUUCAGAAAAGCAUUAAGUAAACACUGUAUCAAUGAUGGUUGAAAUUCCAUAUUAAGAAGAAUUAUCGAUGGGAAUUCUGGCUAAUACAUUAUAAUGGUCCUGAAAGAGAAUUUUCACAUCCCCACCAUUGCGGUAAAAGUCUUGGAACAUUUAUGUGGCUGGGUAUUUGCUGAAGUGUUUAAAGGGAUUCUGGAAAGGGUUUCCAGUGAUUCAGAUUUUAAAAAUCCAAGCCAAACCAAUGCUAGUUUUCCCCUUCAUCUUGAUUAUGAUGUAACUUAAGUUUUGAGCUGCCUUAACCAUCUGGGAAAGGCAGGUAAAGAAGUGUUUUAAAUAGAUAAAUAGAAUAAUGAACCUUUCCACAUUUUCUUUCCUGUAAGGCUGGAGCAGGGGUGUCUCAAAGCAGUGACUCUAGCAACAGGACAAAGGCACUUCCUGCAGUACAGUAGUGUCUUGCCUUGGCUGCGAAUUUUUGACCUGCUCUCUGCUGUCCUUCAGCACCACCACUAAGGAGGAAGGAACAGUCCUCUGCCUCAAAACCUACCUGAGCCUGCCUUGUAAAUUUCCUUGGAUCUUUCUCUUGCUCCCUGAAGUUUCAUCUCCCUCAUUUCACUCUGUUUCAAGAUUUAACGUGCCUGCUUUGAUACAGGGUGCAGGUAGUCCCCUCGCCCUUGCUUUUCCACGGAAAAAUAUUCAAAGUGGGCAAGAAGAUCAUAGCUAAAAACAUUACGCCAUCAUUAAAGAUAUAUAAGCAUAAGGUUAAAUAUAUAUAAUAGAACAAUGAAGCAUUAGAAACAACAACUAUCCCUUAAUUUAACAGAAAAAAGCAACACCCUUUGAAAGUUUUGUCAUGAGCCACAGUUCAUCCAUUAAUAGUUCAUUCGCUAGUGUGGCAAAGGCACACUAGACAGUAGGUGUGGUGAUUCUUUAUCACUCGGGGGUGAGUGGGUCUUCCCUAAUGAUAUGAGGAGGAAUGAAAUGCUAGACAGAGCAAACCAGAGAUACAAUAAAGGUAUAGAACAGGGGGAAUCCUUUCAACCCCUAAUUCCAGUCUUUUAUAUCCAGCAAGAUUUCCAGAACUCUAUAAAGAGUUCUAAGAUUGAAGAAUGGUGUAAAUAACACAUACAUGCAAAUUGACUGGAUUUGAGUUGCAGUUUGGGUGUUGCUGAUUGUGAAUUGUCUACUUCUGGCAUAGGAUCCUUUACCCUCCCCCCCCCCCGCCAGGUUGUAUCGCAAAGAGCUCCUGCUUUGUUAGUGAUGGAAUGAGAUGGUAUUCUUGCUGUGUUCUAGAUAAAGGUGUGCCAUUUCUUUACAACAUGGACACGGCGAGUAUCAGCGUGGCACAGCCUCUGGAUCGAGAGGAGCGAGAGAAGUAUGAGCUGAUUGCCAAAUGUACUGUGACAGAAGGUUCCCGGGAAACUUUUAAGGAGAUGCCAUUUCUUGUAGCUGUCUUUGAUGAAGAUGACAUGCCCCCCUUCUUGCCUAAUGACACAAACACGGCAGAUGCAGUUGUGGAGUUCAGCAGGAAAAAGGUAACGCUCCAUGAUGGUGCAAUGUGCUACUGUGACUUGUUGGUGAUUUAAGAGUCCUUUGCAACCUUCCCACUUCCUCCCAUGAUUUUUGCAUGUUUUGAAGGGCUCUAUUGAGUAUGUCCAUGUGGAAAUGUUGAGUUGGGGUCCAUGUAAAGUUUUCCUGUAGUAGGACCUGGUAGGAAACAUGGAUCUUGCUUGUCCAUCCCAAGAGUUGCAUGGAUAAAUUUUUAGUGAAACGUUUCUUCUUGAGGGUGUUCAUGGGAGCCCUUCCAGAAGCAACCCAUGAAUACAAAACAUUCUCCCAGAAUAUGAUGUUAAUCAUUAAUUCCCUCCAGUAGCAAAUUUUGGGUUGUCAAAUACCAAUGAGUCAUAAUGUAAUGCUGUUUACACACUUAGACGACCUCCAAAACAUGCAGAAGCAUAUAAGGUUGUAAACCAAUAGAAAAUAAAUGUUCUAAAGGACCCUGUGAGUUUCCAGGACAUACGGAACAUUGAGGUCAUUGAGAUAAGAAAAUAGUAGAGUAACUGAUCUCAUUGUCUGGAGAGGGAACUUCCAGGGUCACAUUACAUUGACUGCAAAUUACAGGAGAUCUUGUCCUCCCUGCUGCCUAUUGUUUGGUGGUCGAGGAGGAAGAUGCAGCCACCAAUUACAGCUUUGUUAAAAUCCCGGAUUUCUCCAUUGUUUCUGUUAGCAGCAUAAUUGUCUGCUCUGGGAUUGUGGAAAUAUGUCUAAAGCAAUUGGAAGUUGGGGCAGUGUGUGUGAAUCUUCUCAAUUAAAUCUGUGUUUGGGGGCAGUUGAGCCAUUGAAUAUUGAAGGCGUCAGCUGAAAUAUCAAUGGAAAAUGGAAGGAGACGGAGGGAACUAUCCUGCUUAGGUCCCACUCAGUCUAUAGUCAAGUGAUUGUACAUCAUAAGUUUUAAGGACUCUCGUUCCUGCACUACAUUUCCUCUCUCUACCCCAGCUGUAUUGCGAUAAAGCAGUCAGAUGAAAUUUGGGGUGUUCAGGAUGCUAUGGCAGUAGGUUUUCUUCAGUAAAUAACGCAGUCAGGGUCAGAGCUAGUAGGUUGCCCCAAUCCUACAUAAAUGAAGAAAUUGAAAUGGGGUGGGGUGAAAUGGGGUGAAACCCUUUUAUAUAGGACAAUGGGGGAAGAUUUUAGGAGUGUCCCCUCUCCUACCCCACCCCAUUUCAAUCUUAAACACUCCAGAGUGCUAUUGUGUUGGAGCUCCCUUUAAUACAAUCUCAUAUUUUUGUUAAAGAGUUCUAACAGAUUUAUCUUGAGAAACGUAAGUUUAAAAUUAUAGGCGCGUUUCUUUCCUGGUCAACUUAUUUCUUUGGCUGCUAGAUUUUGCUAAGAGGGAUUUACCGUUUUUGGAUAUUUGCUGCCACCAACAGGCCAGAACCAUUUUCCCCCAUUUUAUCCGCCUCAGCUGGCUCUGGAGAGUUAAAAUUGAAGGACCACCGUAUACUCUGAAUGCUGAAUGAAAACCAGUAUGCUAACUAUUCACCAGCAAGCUUAAUCAUGUAUGCAAUGUUGGUUUGAGGAAGCAUGUCUGAAUCUAAAACCAGUAAUCCAGAUUCCUGCUAAUUGAGAUCAAGCAGACACCUUUACUGUACUCUUUUCUAAUGGGAUAAUUAUCAUGACCUUGUAAAUCUGUUGCAUAUUGAAGCACUUUACAUUAUAUUUUUCAUCCUAGGAUAAUGCUUAAAUGCCAAGCCAGAAAUAAUAUAUUGUGACUGCAAGCAAUUUCCUCCCACCUAUUCUCUUUUAAAGGGCACCGUCAUUGCAGAAUUAACUGUCUAUGAUGCAGACACCACCCCUAUUUUCCCUAUAGACAGUAGCAGGAAGAAGUACACUGGCACCAUAAGUACAUCUGAUCCAUGGGUCAAGGAGACAUUUCAAGUGGAGCACAACUUCCAUGAGAUCUUGUUCAACCCAAAUGGCAGCCAAGUGAGGGGAACACGACACGAGUACAGUAAGUUUAUGUGGAUUAUUAUUCCCAAAGGAGUAGUAGUAUGCUUACAAAGAACUAGUUCCGCAUUUUGCUGCCUUAUCCAGCUUUUGAAUCAUAAGCUGGAGAUGUGAGAUAAUAAAUAAUAGUAUCAGACUUCCGGGAAGGCAGGGAAUGUCAUGAGAUAAUAAUGCAUUGUGGUCCAGUGGCCAGUGCUAAAGAGAUAAUUGUGAUGCUGUAGCAAUAAUCCUUUCAGCCAGUAGGGGCAGUAUAGAAUAGUCAUAAAUCAGGGUAGACAACCUAGUAACCUCCAGACAUUCUGAACUAAGUCCCAUCAGAUUCAGCCAGAAUGGCCAAUGGCCAGGAAUUAUGGGAGUCAUAGUCCAGAACAUGUGGAGUGUUCCACAUUAUCCCUUUCACAGAUAACAGACCUGACUAAUCACCAUUGGUGGAAGUAUAAUCUCCCAUGCUUUGCAACAAACUAGGACCUGUUUGAGCACUGCACUGUAAUUAUUUAUUUAUGUUGAGAUAUACACCAGCAACAGACAUGGCCCUCCCUUGUGGAAUAGGGGCAACAGUUGGAUUUUGCCAUGGAAAAGUGUUUCAGUUUUCAGAUGUUCAAAGAAACCAAGGUUGCCUUUUAUUAACUAAAUCCCUUACAAUAAACUGCCUUUACUAUGGAAGGCAAGAAUAUGCAAACGCAAGUUCAUGGCCAACCAUGGGAUCUUGCCAGGUAUGCUUGAAAAUCCUAACCAUCAAUGAAAUAUCAUUGUUCUCACAGUUCAACGGUUCAGGUUCAGCACCUUCAGUUCAGUUCAUUUGUUGGCAUAAUUCCCAGUUGCGUUAGUGGACUAAAGAUAUAGAUUUGUGUCCUAAAAUAAAACCAGUUAACAAUUUUAAAGUUCAAGAUGGUUUGGACCAUUUUCAAAUUUUAUGAGAUGGAAUUAACUGGCCUUUUCAAUAUUUAUAUGGUGACAAGAAACCAAGAGCUUUUAAUUGCAACUGUUGUACAAAUGCAUAUGGUCAGAUUAUAUUCCAAUCUGUGCAAUGAAUAGUAAUACUGUUUCCUUUAUAUGAAAGUAUAAUAACUGUUCUGGUUCAGACACAACAAGCCAUGGUUUAUCGGAUAAAAAAUGAGCCUUUCACCUGCAUUCUCCUGCAGGUUGUUGUUAUUUUAAAAUACAAUACAGAGGACCCUCCUGAUAUGAACUUCAUUUGUUCAAGGGGUCUGUACGCACCCCAAAAAGUCCGCAUCUAGAGGUGCCGCUUCUGCGCAUGUGCAUGGCCUGAUAGAGUGUUCUGCACAUGUGUGUGCGGCGAAACCUGGAAGUAUACAGUUCUGGGUUUGCCGCGUUCGCAACCCGAAAGUUACGUUACCUGAAGGUAACAUAACCCGAGGGUCCGCUGUAUUAAAAGCAGUUUAAACUUAUAACAAUCAAGAGAAUGUGGUAGGUCCUAAAAUAUAUAUCUCAAGUGUCCAAGGCCAGAUGAAAGAAGUAUGUCUGAUGAAAACUGCAUAAUGAAGGUGCCAGACACAUCUCUGUGACAAGUAUGAUUGAAAGAGGGCUGAAGAGCCUAUGUUGGGUCAUGUAACUGUUCCAAAUAAGAUUGUUUCUUCUGUUUCUCUCUGAUGCACAUGCUUAGUGGGGUUUUUGAUUUGUCUUAUAGAACAGAGUUCUGCACACCAUUAUGCCUGUGCCCAAUUUUCGCCAUGAGCUCUACAUUGUAGAGUUUGAGACUCUUAAUCUCAGUUGUGGGUUUGAGCCCCACUUUGGGCAAAAGAUUCCUGCAUUGCAGGGGGUUGGCCUAAACGAUCCUUGUGGCCCCUUCCAAUUCUAUGACACUCUGAUUCUACAAUCUGCUCUUAGAGUGCCUUUUUCACUCCUGCAUGCCAAACCAGCCAUUUUUGCCCUGCUUUCUGUGUCCACUGGAUGUCUCUCUUGACCACCUUUCUCUUUCCUCGAGAGAAUAUCCCUGAAGUGUUUAUGUAUUGCGAACUUAAUGAGUCCAGUCUUCUGUUUCUGCAGGACUGGUGCUAGGCAAGAGUAUUUCAGUUACUGAAAGCAGCUCCCACCAGGUGGACGUUAUUGUGAACGACACAGAAUACCAGGGGCCUAACAAAUCCCUGAUGCUCCACUUCAAUGUCACCAUUCUUCCAAUCAGCAUCCAGUUUUCAAACGUGACAUAUCAGUUCACAGUGAACAGAAAUGCUGCCAACUUUUCACAAGUAAGGAUUGUGUGCUCUUUUGUUCCAUUUGGAAAUUCAAUUUGGAAUUUACAGUGCCGGAAAAUGUUUAUAUAAAUGAAUAUCCUUCAGAGGUUGAUUAUGUCCUUUGUUGUCUUUCCAACUUUUUUAAAAUAAAAAAAAAUAGUACAAUUUCUUGUGCCAAGGGCGGGCGUGUUUUGCUAAGGAGUGCUUCCUCUCAGGUUGGAAAGAGAGCACAGAGUCCCCUGCCAUUUCUGGGGAGUUUCAUUCUGGGGAGUUUCAUUCCAGAAGGGAGAUGGCUACCCUGGUCCUCUUCUCAUACAGCUUCUCAGCUCUGAUGGUGCAAGGUGUAGAGUUUCUUCCUUGUUAAAGUCUGUCCACUGCUGCACUUCUAGGCUUGUAGAAACCAGUCCCUCCGGUGACCAACCUCUAGGUUGAAUAUUGUAGUGUGUCAAACUUUGGGUGUGUGGGGUUGUUCUAGGGAGUCUUGAAAAGUGACAUCAUAGUAGGCAAUUUCAGGGCCACUCAAAAGGUAUGAAAAUGUUCAUAUUAGGGAUUUUGAUCUUUUUUUUAAAAAAGUCCAGUUGUUUAGAAAUCAUCAAAAAUUCAGUGCACCUCAUGUGAGUCUUGCAGUGAUGGCAGCUGGGUUAAGCACUAGGGAACCCUCCCUGCUGACUUCCACUGCUGGGCAUGUACCACCCAUCAGCCUACCCUGUGCUAGAUCAUACUACUCCCUCAUUUCCUACAUAUUUACCCCGUUAUAUGUUGUUCAUCUUUCAGUAGAUCUAGAAUACUAGCUGAGUGUACAUUCUUUUUUUUUUAAUGAAUGGGCAAGAUGAAGUGAAGGGCCCCUUUGUUUCAUUUGUUUUUAUUAAAGAAACGAAUGCACGAGUUCCAAAAUGAUUCCAAGCAUCGUAUAAAUAAUCUGAUAAUCAAAACUAUUUCAGCUUUCAUCCCCACCCCCACCCCACCCCUUAUGAGUCAGAAUAGGUCAGAUGGAGGUUUCAGAGAGAGCAGGGUGUCAGGAGUCUGCCCGGUCUUCAGCUCAAACACAUUGUAACCAAAGUGUCCAACACUCUGCUUGGUCUUUCCCCCCAUAGAACCUUCCAAUCAUAGUGCUAAGGAGAGGGAAUUGUGAAAGUCUAUAAAAGAGAGAGAGAAUGCUUGGGUUUUUGUUUUUGUUUUUGCCCCUGCAGAUUUUCUCCUCCAUUAAUGAAUAUUUGCAGGUCUGUCUUUUGGUUGGUUUGUUCUUUGUCUUUCACAAAAACAGUUCCCACUCAGUCACCCCCUUGCAGUUCCUUGAAACAUUUUCAAUCCACUUCGCACUGUAUUACUCCUACCUCCCCCACUCCCUUGUGUUUACUUACUUAAAGUAUUUUCAUCUCCCUCAUCGCUUGACAAGGCUCCUAGAGUGGCAUAUGUUAGAUUGAUAAAAACAGCAACAUAUGAUUAAGGCAGUAAAAAUAGGCUAUUUAAAGAGGUGGCACUUACGACAAUUUGCUGCUGCUUCCUCUCCUGCUCACAGGACAGUUGGUUUUUAAUGGCCACCAGGAGAGGAAGAAGGGACCAGUCUCUCCUGGUGAAGUGAUUUGCAGUUUAUAUUUUAGAGAAAUACAUUAAUUAAAAGUUACAUGAUCUUGGUAAAUCAUACACUAAGUAGAAUAAUGUUGGAUAGCACCCACAGCCUGUUCAAGUGUGUGAACUGGGGGAGACUGGGGGAGCAAGUGGCACCCACAUAGUUGCAGAGCAAUUUAAGCUUCAUGGGUCCACAGUGGUUAAUGGCUGCUGGUAAUUUGUCAACACAAAAACUGCUACAUCCAAAAUCCACUUGGCAGUGGCUGAAAGACACUGUGGCAAGCAGAAAACACCCACACCUGGCAGCGGACACAGAGACAUAGAAUUUCCACUGAUGAUAUCAAAUCCUGACGUACCACCCACCCAAAACACACACAACCACCAACACAUGCACAUAACAAGCACACCCCGGUGCAACACUGGAAACAAAUGCAUGUGCACACGCUGGCACCCCUGAAAUGCACAGCAAUCACAGCCCCCACAUGCUCCCCCACAAAUCAAGAAACCAUGACAACACAAAGAGAGCAAUGCGAAGGAGAACUUUAUUGGAGCCAUGGAAGCCCACACAGUCACAGCAGCAUGCAGUAAUGACAGGCAGACCAAAUACCCCUUGCUCCCCUAGGGGACACCCCCUCUCAGGUGUGGCAGGUGGAGGUGAGCAGGCACAUCAGUAGAGGCGAUGACACCACAGCUCACAUCCUAACCAUAGCUAGAUUGAUGGCCUUCAGCAUUGGAUAAUGGAGCACCAGUCUCUCCCUGGCGGCCACCCAGGACCCUGGAGGUGGUUGCUGGUAUGGCAACAGAGCAUAAUUCUCCCCCUGGAGCAUGGGGGAAGAAGCAGAGCAUGUCUGGAGUGGCUGAGCACGUAUCAUGCGUGCCGCCUAUGGUUGAUGCCAGGCGCCUCUGCAACCUGCGUGGUUGUGAUCUGCAAAACAAAAGUCAUACAAGAGUUAGCUUAUAGACACAGGUGUCAUGUUGGCUAGUGGCUUAGCAAUCUUUUACUCCUGUUAGGCACCCACUGCAAAAAGUGUACCUGGUGUGGGGUUGAUUUCCCCAGAUUGGGCCCAGCCCAUUACUUCCUAUGUGACUUCAGCUGGCAGGGGUAUUUAUACUUGUCUGUUUUCCCCUCAACAGUGAAGGUCUCAGGUAUGUUGUAUCCUAACCUACCCAACACGGCAGACUUGGAGUUCUGAUUGCACCUGGUGUGUUUUUGCUGCUCCUAUGAGUGUCUUUAGUUGAAUUUGCAAAGUUAGUUCUAUUUACAGUUAGUUUAGAUCACGGUUGGGCUUUGCCUUUUUAUUGUCUAUAAAAUCGGUUCCCUUAUUCUUUUCUGUCUAAAAUUUCAGAUAGGAUCCUUUGGAGGAGAAUUUCUGAAAGUUUAAUGUUAAUUGGAUCGAGAAAACCCUCCCAAAAGAGUUGCAAAAGCAUCAAAACAGAAACUGGGUAUCCUAUUGAAGGCAAUGGGAGAUGAAAACUAAAUAAUAUAAAAAAUAUAUGAAUGAAAUAACUAAAUAAAUGAGGUUUUAAAAGUAAGACUGAAUGGAUUAACCAAACUAAACAUUCCUCUUCACCCCUAUAAUUAGCUUUACAAUGUUUCUCCCCCAUUUGUGAACAGCAUAUAAAAAUAUACCAUAUUUUUCGCUCUAUAAGAUGCACCAGACCACAAGACGCACCUAGUUUUUGGAGGAGGAAAACAAGAAAAAAAAUAUUCUGAAUCUCAGAAGCCAGAACAGCAAGAGGGAUUGCUGCGCAGUGAAAGCAGCGAUCCCGCUUGCUGUUCUGUCUUCUGGGAUAGUUGCGCAGCCUGCAUUCGCCCCAUGACGCACACACAUCUCCCCUUACUUUUUAGGAGGGAAAAAGUGAGUCUUAUAGAGCAAAAAAUACUUGGAAUGCCUCCUCCUGAGUCUUGUAGAUUGAAUAUACAUUACAGAUGCAUUCCAUAUGUUUGUGCUUCAGGCUUGCUUCAGACUGGCUUGCAUUUAUCAGCAUGUGGAGUUCAGGCAUCAACUUAUUUACUGUUUUGUCCUGUGGAAACUUUCUAAUGCAGAUUUUCAGGAAGAGAGGAAAUAAUCAAAAUACUUGGGAUCUUGAGCUUACCCUUCCAUAAAAAGUGCCAUUCAGUCUCUGUUUACAGACACAGGAAAUCAGCACCCUCCCUUCUCCGUUCAAUUUGAAGGGUGGUAAUUGUAGGUAAUAACUGUUACUGCCUUCUAAGGGGGGAAAUAGCUAGCAAGCUUGCUCUCUCUGCUGUGCAGGUAUCAUCUCACCUAAGCCAAGUGCCCCAUGCAAAUGCCCAGUCAUGUGCAGCCCCAGUUUGUUUGGUUCUUGCCCCAGGAGGGAAGGAGGCAAGCUUGUGCCUUCACCAUAUCAGGUUGGUACAUAACCCGAUGUGCAUAUGAUUUGGGGCAUAAUAUCUUCCCUCCUUCCUCUCAAUUUGGAUGUCAAUUUAAGAUCUGUAGCAAGGAAUUUGAUUCAAGCAGCUCACUCCCUAGAGGGUGGCACUCCACAUUCUUGAAGUAUUAAGCAUAAUCUGGAAUGAUUAGCUAGCACAGGGGGGAGUUCAGGAUGAACUAAAGCAAAGGCGAAAUGGCCUUUUGCCCUGAGGAGAAUAUGAGAGUAUGAAGAAGCAAUUAACCUUUGGGCUGAUGCCAUUUCUCCAUUUUGACAGUCAGGUGAAUGAAUGAAGAAGCAUGAACGUGGCCUGGCAGCAACCUGUCUCACAUCAAAAAUAGGAUUUAACCCCCCCAAUGGCUUCAAAAAGGAGGCGCUAUCCACUUGUUCUCAGGCAAAAUGAUCACGUGUGAUUUUUUAAGGAGGGAAAGUUGCUGUGAAUCUCACAGUACACAUACUUUCCAUUUGGAUUGCAGUUGAGGAUAGAGAGACAUACAAAUGAGAUGAGAUGCUGUAUCUUUUUAAAUUUGUGUUUUCUUGUAUGGUUGUAGAACAAAACAUCUUGGGGCGCUAAUUGAGCUCAGUUCAUCAGAUGUAUGCAUUGUUACCCUUGGGGUGUAUGUGUGUAUAUGAAAAGAGAGAGAUGGGAUCUGUAAACAGUGUGCCCCAAAGGCCAUUAUAAAUAGAGGUACAUAACCCAUCUGUGCAAAGGUCAAAUGUACAUAAUAGCAUUUACCGUUAACUUUGUAUUGAAAUGUCACAUGCCUUCUAUACUGUGUGAAAUCCAUGGCUUUUGGGAUCUGCUGUUUGCAGUGUUAUCUUCUGCACUCCUCUCUGUGUGUGCAUGUGUGUGACCUAUCUACCAGGGAGAUCACUCAGUGUGUCUUAGUCCGUGAAAGCUUAUGCCACAAUAAAUCUGUUAGUGUUUGAGUUGUUGAAUGUUGGCUACUGUCAGGUUGCCAAUCACGAAAGUCCCUUUCAGUUGGCCCCACCUACUCUGUUGCAGUGUUCACAUACAUGAGAAAGAGCACACCACAAAGCAAUUCCACCAUGGUUUGAUGGGUGUAAGAGGAGGAAAGCAAUGCAGGGCCAUAGAAAACCAUGCUUUCAGCCCAGUCCUAUGCAAGUCUGCUUGGAAGUAAGCCCUGCGGAAUGCAAGGGAUUUAUUGACAUACAAGUGUGGAUAGUAUGGCUUCAAAUUUGGAAGCCCUGUGUAGAUGCUUCUUCACAUAUUUAAAUGUGGUUUCCCCAACCACAUGAGUAAGAAAAUUACUGUUUCGCCUGCAAACAAAUAUUCGUACCAAUCCAGUUGUCAUCAAUCCCACAGUGUGUGAAAUUGUGUCCAGAGUUGCAGAGGAUUAGCAUCUCUGAAUAUAUUGUUGCGUCUCUAUGACAUUAACUGUUGAUAACAUACAUGAGGCCACCAUUAGUGCUGCUUCAGUAUAUUUGUUGCUGGUGGCAUUUUUGAUUAUUUCCUUUUUUCUUUGAGCCCAGAUAGGAAAAAUCUGCAUUGACAACUGCAUGAGGUUUUAUGGCGUCAACGUCACCUAUAGCUUACAGACCCCCAAUGUCAGCUGCUAUGCUGUGGAGAUUGCUCAGGGCCCUGAAGACCAGUAUGGGACCCUCUACGUGAAUGAUUCUGGUGUGCUACAGAGACCUGACUGUAAAGAAAUCCAGUACGCUGUACUAGCUAAAGAAGAGCAGAGCAGGAAGGAAGCGCUCACCCAUGUUACCAUUGUCCUUGAUGGAUCACGUAAGUUGUCUCUGGGCUUUGGUCUUGCCGGUGAUAUGAGCUCUGAAUACGCAAAGCCUCCUAUACUUGAAUAUGCAAAAUAUUUGGUUAUUCAGGCCUUUUUAUGCAGCAGCCCUUGCAUGCAUGUGAGAUAUAGGCCCCAGGGAGCCUGUAACACCCUCCCUUCUCUCACUCUGGACAGCAACACAGAACUGUGUUGUUGGAUGAAAUCCUUUGAAUUCAAAGGAAAGAAUGUGCUCUUUGCAUUUUGUAAGCAUUGGGUAGACUCUUACAGAAUUUUCUGGUGGUGGUAUAGCCCUUCUCCUCCUCUUCUUUGUAGCUAUACAUACCGAUGAUGGUUGCCCAGACUCAUGUUCGAUGAGCAAGACCCGAUCAGAAUGUGAAGAGUGUGGUGGCCUCGGAGCGCUAAUGGGAAAAUGCCAGUGGAGACAGGGAAGUGGUAAAGGUAUGUCCAGACAUUCAGCAAUUGAAUGGGAACCUAGAGUAGGGCAGAUCUGAAGAGAGCAUUGAAGAGCAUGGGCAAUUCUGUCACUGGGAAUCUCAGUCAGAUAUCGAGGACAUUCAGGGCAUUCUUUGUAACCCUGAGUUGCAAACAUAUUAAUAUUAAUUGAUCAUUUUAUUCCUUGAGCAGCCUUUACUGCUGUGUGUGUGUGUGUGUGUGUGUGUGUGUGUGUGUGUAUUUUAGAGAGGUGAUACUUAAAGAUACUGGGAAAUCAGAUAUUGUGAUUGCAAACUAUAAGAAGUCAAAUACAUUCUCCAUUCCUCUCAUCCUUCUCUUAGACAAACACUUUUGUAUGAGAUUUUGUGCAGGAAAGAAGAAUAGCACUAUGUCAUCUAUUACAUAAUCAGUAGAAAUAUGUCACUGAUAAGAUAGCUUUGUUUGGAGUGGCAGCAUAUGUAUUUAAAGGUGAAUUCCUUCAGACCAAUAUAGUAAAUUGCCAUGGAGACAACGUAUAUUAGGAUCAGUUUGAUUCAGGUGUACAGCAAGCAGCUGGAACAGUGGCUGUGAUAAACCACACACACACACACACACACACACAGAAGAAUUACUAUGUGCUUCUUCAGGGGGUGUUCCAAGGCCUGAAGGAACCAAUUUGCCUUGUAAAUGUUUGCUGCUAAAAUUUAGCAAAGUCCUAAUCAACUUAUUUGAAGAGGUGUAGAAAGAGCUUUCAGAUUCAGAAAGUCACCUGAACUGAAAAAUAAAUAUAAUUACAGUCUUUCCUUUGACGGUUUCAUGCAGCAUCAUUUUAGGAAGAGUAAAGGGUAAUUUUUCAGUAGCUCAUCUUGCAGUGUAAAGAUGCUGAGGCCACAACAUGCUAAGUUCCUUCUUUUGUUUCUUGUUCUUAGGAAUAACAACAAACUAUUCCACCUGCACUCCAAGCAUCAAGACCUGCCCGGAUGCUAUCUGUGACGCUGUUGAGAGCAGAGAUAAAAAAAUAUGCCCUCAAGAUUGCACAAGUAUGGAAUCGACACCUCUCAAUUUUCUUUUCUCUUGAGUUUUGCUUUCCUACUUCUGGGUCAAGCUGUUGCUUUAUCUUAAAUGUGAACCAGGGCCAAAACGUUUACAACUGUCUUCAAGGUUGUGCAAGUUCCUUUUAAGGCAGAUAACAGCUGUGUUACUUUUUGCAUUCAGACUGAUUUAUGCAGGGUGCCUGUAUAAAUAUUAGAAUGUGCUUAUUCUGUAUUUUAUUUUAUUGUUUUUUGAAAAUAGCCAUGACCCAAAGAACUACUCUAGGAACAUAACAAGAGAUUUUCUAUUUGGUUUUUCUCUGCUAGUUGUUUUAUUUUGGUCCAACCACAGCCAUUCUGCAUUAGUGGCUAUUUCUGAAGAUGCCCAGAGUUUCAGGGUGGCUAUCUCAAAAAAAUGAACUGGAAUUAAAAACACAACAUAGAUUCAAAAUAAUUUUUUUAAAGAAAGGUUAUGUCUUGAAGGUACUGGUUUCUAUUUUAUUUAAAUGUGAUAAUUCUCACAUUAGGCUUUGAUGUUGCAGCAGAACUGCACUAUGAAUUCUAGUUCCAUAGUUACUGGGUUGAGUGGUUAUAUUCUGUAAUAGCAUACAUCCUGCCUGGAUAGUUUAAUGUUCAGUUAAAGGGUUAUAUAAUGUAGUUAUACUUAGCACUUUUGUUGAGUGCCUUGAGCCAGAGUGUCUCUGAGCACUCUGCAAAAGUUGUUAAGUAUCUUUAUUGCCAUUUAAGAUGAGGAAAUAUAAUAGGAAAAAAGGCUAAACUGAUUCUUCCAAGAAGUGAAAGGGGAUAUUAUUUUCCUGGUUCUCCCAUUAUCCUCCUCCUGUGCGCUAUACUGGGCUGAAGUCCAAAUUUAAUGUGUGUGUAUUUCUUAGUUACCUAUGUAUUGUAGCUAAGUAUGCUCAGGGUAGCAUUCUUAUGCUGCAGUCCUACAUUUGACCCCCUUGGUUAAACUCAGUGGGAUUUACUUUGAAUAAGCAAUGGCAAUGGGCUGUAAGGGUUCCCAGCUAUUCACCCAUUCAGAUACUGGCCUGGCAUGUUGAGUCUCGGAAGACACAGGUGCACUCAUGUGUGUGACAGGUACACCUAUCACAUCAUACAUUAUCUCUUGAUACCCAGACCACAAAUUAAAGGGGGGUUCAUUGUUCUAGGGGCAGCUUGCCCUUGCACAGAACUGUGUGAUAGUAGGAAGCAGACUCAGUACUGUGGUAUUGUAAGCAAAAUACUAUGGUUCUCUUAUAUUCGGGAAUACCUGUGCACUUCUUAAUUGAUUCUCAUCAUCAGCUGGCACCGACUGGCUUGCCGAGCCUUGAUGAAAAAUCUUCUGUUUAAACAUAUGGUUCCCCACAUCCCUCUGCGGUAGGAACUUCCACUGGAAACUGCUGCAAGGUUCAUUUUCUUAUGAGGAGAGAGCACUGGAAACACAAGGCAUUUUUGGGGGACAUCUGUUUAUUUACAAGUAUACACACACUGAACAUGGGGCAGCAGACAAGCACAGAGAGAAAAUGCUCAUCUAUAAAAUACAAUCAGUUUUCCCCAAAGCAAACAGCAUCCACUUGGACCACCCAUCCAGUUUUUCCUGUCAGCUGCAAAACUCAGACCUUUGUCCCACUUACUGCUACAUUCCAAAACCAGACUGUUUCUUCCUUGUCACGCAUGCAUGCAUGCAUUGGCAAAACAUUGCUUUUUACCCCCACCCCAGUAAGCAAGUACACCCUAUAUUUUCCCUUGGAAGCAACAAGUCAUCAUUAGAGCACAUUAGAGGAAUACAUGCAGAUGUUAGAUGGGCAAAAGCUAAUGGAUAGUCCAUUCUUUUCCUUGACACUCAUACAACCCAAUAAUUUUCCCAUUACACCUCCCAGUGGUCUUCCCAAACCCUUCCAGUUGUGUUUUACUACAACUUCCAUUCCUGCCCUGACUGUUAGCUACCCUAGCUGGAGCUCAUGGGAGUUGUAUUCUGGAAGAUGCCCGUAUUGAGGAAGACUGGCUGUUCUCCAUUGCUUCCAAAUCAUCUCCUCCUUUCCAUUCCUGUUUCUCUAUCCUCCUUUGCUAUGCUGUAGCAUCAACCUGCCUUGUAUUUUAUUUGAAUCUGUUCUUGAGCACCCAGCUGCGGCCACCACAAUGGCAGUUGGGGAAUAAGUCUGUUCCACCUAUUGCUGCAAGAGAAGUGGUGCCCAUUUCCAAGUGGUGUCCGUCUUUCCCGUUCCACCAGCUUGUGGGGAGGGGAGAAAGAAAGCUAUGUUUUGCAAGCAAGAGCAGCAAAGCAGAGACGCUCCACUUGCAAAUGCCAGCCUUGUCUCUCCCCUACCAGUCAAUGAGAGAGAAAUGAGCAGAUCACCAUCCCUGUGCUCAGUGCUUCGAAGUGUCCCUUGCAGUGUGGUUCCUGCUGCUGUGUUGUCACCAGAGUAGAAUGCAGAUUGCCACCCCCCUCACUUUGCCACCCAGGACACCAGCAGCGCUCCCCCCCCCUCACACACACCCUUAGUCCAGGUCUAGCAACAUAUUCUGUGCAUAGAUUGAUGCAUGCAGUUGCAUGUGGAUAAGCACCAUUGAUUUGCUAGGACUCAGUCAUGGCAUAGUGGGCAGGAUUAUAGCUUCAAAGACUAUUUCCAGUAAAGUAAAGCUAGCAGUGGUGUAGCUGCUUUUGCAUGUACAGCAAAUCUAUACACCAUUGUGAAUUCCAUUUCACGUUUGUCUCUACUGUCAUAUUUUAAGGCAGGCUGUUUUGUGGCAGCAACUGAUAAUCAUCAUAAUAGCUACACAAAACAAGGUCUCAUGCGAUUGCUUCUUAGAGCUAAGCCCCAAAGACAGAUGCCACUUUUCGCACCCAGGUUUGUUUCUCCUGUUUUUACAAACGAAAUUUCAAAUGCUCAACAGAAUAAACACGCAGAACAUACUGACAUGACAUAUUGAGCCUUGGCUGUGGAAUGGUGUAUGCUCACAUUUGUGUUUAAUUUAGGGACCAACAUUGUUGGUGGCCACCAGAAAGGCCUGAAUGGACUGGGAAUCAAGGCAGGACAUGGAGUUUGUCACUGCUUUCCAGGAACUAGCUGUUACUGCGAGAAAGAUGAUAUCAGAGGUAAGUCUGAAGUUUAUUUACUGACUUCACGCUUGUGCUAUUGAAUGCUCCAACACUUCCACCUUUGAUAGAUAAAAAAUUCUAUGUGUGUGCUCUUCCUCUUUCUCUCUCACAUGUACAUGGGAUGGAAGGGUGCAUACAGGACACAACUGCAGAUGGAAGCUGAAGGAUAGUGUGUUUCUUCCUGCCAAGGAAACAUUCAGUACACGAGAUUUUGAUGUAGGAGCACAUUGAAAUGAGUGAUCAUCCUCAUGCCUUCGCUAAUGGAAAUAAACUUCCACACAUAACUGUCACCAUCUCCUUACUGACUGCCCUCAGGUCACUGUGUGCUGGUUGUGGAUUCUGAGUUCCACAUGCCUAUGACUUACAGCUGGGAUAUGUGCUCUCCACAACACCCAAAAGCAUCUCCCUGACUAUACUGUAAAGCAGCACACAUUGCAUGAGUUGGGGGCAAUGGUGUUGUGAGCUUCCUUGCCCCAAAGCUUUGUCAAUGGCAAGCACUCAUAAGAUGCUGGCUGCAACUCAUUUGCUAAUAAAAUCAGCUUCCAGGGGAUGGGAAAUUCCCUGUGGCCAUGUACACUGAUUGCGCUAUGGUAAUAGUAGUAGUAAUACAAUAUGGGGAUAAUUAUUCUGAUGUUUAGAUUAUCAUUUUUAAAUAGAGAUGGAAAUGAAGAAAGAGCAAGCACUUUUAAUUUUCCAAGGACUCUCCCCCCCCCAUUUAAUGGCUGACAUUAUCCUUUAAUUAACUCUUGAUCAAAAGGAAGAUUGAAGAAAAUUAAAGAUUGAGUGAGAUGGGACUAAAAAGAACUAAAGACAGAAGGAGUAUCCCAAGCUACACAGUUGGCUUGAUUUGGCAACACUGAUCAAUGCAGCCUGCUGAUUUUAGGGAGCAAGUACAGCAGCUUUUUAGCAACAGUGAAAGCUGCUUUAACAUUUGAGAGUAUGUUAGGUAGCUGAUGUAGAUGUUCCUCUACUUCCCAAGUUGUUUUCUCCUAAUACUUGCUUUCAAUAGAGAUGCUUUAAAUGUGAUUUUUAAUUGGCAUGGAAAGGAAAAAAUUGUGGCAAGUGCCAUGACCAAAUUAUUCUUUAUCCACAGAGCCAUUGUGUGAUUACAUGUGCAAAACUGUGAUUGCAGGAGGAGUCCUGCUAUCCUUCAUUAUUUCGGUACUCCUUUCUUCCUACUUCAUCCAUCGCUAUCACAAGAAUUCUCCAAAGCCACCUAUUGCUUCUGCAGAGAUGACCUUCCGCCGCCCUGCCCAGUCAUACCCCAUAAGCUACUCAUCGACAAAUGUCCGUCGACCGUCAAUGGACUCUGAGAACCAGAUGUCAGUAGACACAUUUAAAAUACCUGUAAGUUUUUCCAGUUUUCAGCUGCUUACCAUUCAAGGCAUAUGGAGAACCAGCUUCUAUUUACUACUGCUGAUUUACCAAGUGUGAGGAAGAGUUCCUGGUUUACUCCCACCAUUGUAUUUAUUUUUCAAAUCCUUCUAACAGCUGCCGCCAUGUAUCUUUACUAUGUCUGCUGUUUACUAGAGCCUUAAAUCUACAUAGUAGCAGCGGUACUUUCAGUAUGGCAUAAAACAAGCCAGGUUCACAAUAUAAGUAAAUAAAAGUAACAAGUUGUUCUUUAAAGGGUAAAAUAAGGCAAAUAUUAUACCAUACCCUCCAACAUUUCUUCAAGGAAAAUAGGGACAUCCCAUUCCAUAAUGAUAAUUUUACUGUUUAUAAUCCACACAUCUUACUGGGUUGCCCCAGCCACUCCGAGCAGCUCCCAACAUAUAUACCGUAAAAGCAUUAAUUUUUUUAAAAAAACUUCCUGAUACAGGAUUGUCUUCAGUUAGCUCAGGGGUCAGAUAACUCCAUACCCUCCAACAUUUCUCCAGUGAAAAUGGGGACAUCCUAAAGAAAAGUGGGACAUUCCAGGAUCAAAUAAAAAACUGAGAUGGCUUGUCUAAAUCAGGGAUGUUCUUAGAAAAUAGGGACACUUGGAGGGUUACUGAUUCUUGAAGAUUUAGGUUUGCUCUAAUAAAGGCUACUGUUACUUUAAAUGGUAAGGUAAAGGUAAAGGGACCCCUGACCAUUAGGUCCAGUUGUGACCGACUCUGGGGUUGUGGUGCUCAUCUUGCUUUAUUGGUCGAGGGAGCCGGUUUACAGCUUCCGGGUCAUGUGGCCAGCAUGACUAAGCUGCUUCUGACGAACCAGAGCAGUGCACGGAAACGCCGUUUACCUUCCCGCCGGAGUGGUACCUAUUUAUCUACUUGCACUUGACGUUCUUUCGAACUGCUAGGUUGGCAGGAGCAGGGAUUGAGCAACGGGUGCUCACCCUGUUGUGGGGAUUCGAACCGCCGACCUUCUGAUCGGCAAGUCCUAGGCUCUGUGGUUUAACCCACAGGGCCACCCACGUCCCUUCACUAUAAAUGGUAGUCGCUUGUAAAUAUGGAAACUUGCACAGAAGUGAAGGAGAGGAGGAGGGUGGGAGAGGAAAAACUGGCAGCAGGGAGGGAGGGGGAGCAGAAAUGAAUGGAAGGAAGAGAGAGGAAAGGCCCCUCUUCAAGAGAUCAGUUCAGACCUCUGGCAAGAGUAAUCUUGUCCCUUGUCUGAUAGUUGAUAGCUGUCUUGGGCAGAGAGAUAUACAGAAGGGGGGCAGAAAGAGUUAAGGGGGGGCCCUACCCACAAGGGACACUGCCCCCACCUACAGCUGGCAUGCAGCUACCAACAAUUUAUCCCUUAGUCAAUGCAGGGGGUGGGAAUCCUAUGCAUGAUGCUACUUAUUAAUAUAAUUCGUUCAGUUUCCUUUCUUCGCGUAUGGCCAAUAUUCAUAUGGAGUUUGAGAUCUUGGAAAACAACUUGCUGCAAGUUUAUCUGCCUGAAAAUUAGACCCAUAUGAAUAGAAAACGUUCCAUUCAAUUCUGUGGUUGUUCCACCUAAUACAAUAGCUUGUUUGUUAGUUGUACGUCCUUUGGUAUGGAACCAUAAAUGACCGCUUGUUCUACUGGAAUGAACAAUUAGAUUACAGUUAACUAGUCCCUCCAGAAGUCUGCAACUAAUUAUUUUAGCGUUUCCUAGCAACCUGGUUUGGCUGCUCCUCACUGCAGCUGUAUCAGCCAUACUAGUAAAAUACUAAAACCCGUUUGCUUGCUUGAGAAAAUUUCAGCUUUUAAAAAGUCAAAUGAGUAGCAGUCUUUUUAAAAAUAAAAAGAUAGCUUGCGGUCAUCAUGGCCACCUGCAUUUAACCGGAGCUUUUGUUUUACUAUGAUUUGAGACUACAUGUUUGCGUACGAAGUUCUACUGACUAGGUCAGGAAUGGCCAAACUUGGGUUUUCCCGGCCCUCUUGCUAUCCUUCCUGUGUCAUAUUAGGAGUCUCACUUGCUAUGCAUUGCUGCUUCCUACUUGGCAGACAAGCCUUUCGUUUGCCAUGGGGAAGAAGGGUGACUGCAGAGAGCCUUACAGCACACAGCCUGACACACACAAGCUGACAUAGGGAAGAAUUGCAGGGGCCGUGAGAACCACAUGCUGUACCCGCCCCCCCCCCAUUUUCUAAAAAGUGACCUCUUAUCUCUCGGGGGGAGGGGCUCACUUCCGACAGCACUGACUUGGCUGAGCACCAUGUAAGAGAACCACAUGCUGUUUUUGCACCAAUAACAGGCCACCCCUGAGGCCUCUGUGUCAUUGCAAAGGCCUCUGAGAUGACUUGUGUGUUACUAGCUGGAGGAUGAGGUAAGAUUUGGCACGUGACAUUCUCCAGCCUUGCUUGCACAAUGCAGGCUCCCUUUCCAGCCAGGUUCUUGAACCUGGCUAGACUUCUGCAGGUGCAGCCAAUAUACUGGGGUAGGAGAGCUGAAAAUACCGUAUUGGCCCAAAUAUAAGCUGCACCUUUAAAAUUGGAAGGGAAAAAAGAAAAAAUACCUGAAUAGAAGCCGCUCCAUUCCUCGCUGCUCCUGGCUGCAUACUGGGGGUGGGGGGGAACUGCGCUGCAUCGCUGGCAGCCUUUCCCCUUCCCCGCUGUCUCCCUUCCCAACCUCAGAGGAGAGGACAGGGGACUAUGUGUGGGGCAGGCGCCGCUUUGCCGCGCUCCUGGCUGUAUACCGUAAGGUCGUGAAUAUAAGCCGCACUUUAUCUUUUCACGGUUGGAAUUUGGAAAAAAAGUGAGGCAUAUAUUCAGGCCAAUACGGUAAUAACAAUAUAUUUCACAUCUGGCAACCAAGGCACCCCUUUGGUUUCAGAUAGUACAUGGGUUGUCAAGUCUAAAAAGCCCGGGACACAGAAUUUUAGAGGCCUCUAGCAGCCAUGGUGGCUCAUUCACCAGAAGUAAUGCAUUUAGCUUUAACUCUGGAAGUGUAUACUCGAUUCUGACCAAACUAAGCCUACUGAUGUAUAUUUUGCUCUAGGAGGCUUAGUUUGGUCAGAAUUGAGUAUGCACUUUCAGUGUUAGUGCUAAAUACAUCACUUCUUGUAAAUGAGCCACCAUAGCCACUGGCAUUUGCCCUGGGCCACUGGAAUAGAAUGAGAUAAAUAAACAAACGGUAACAUAAAAAUGAAGAGUAGCAUUAAUAGUGGAAAUAUUUUUCAGACCCAUAUGCUACCUUAAUUUGCACCAAAUAAUUUUAUGGAAUCUAGUUUAUGAAAUGAUCACAGACACAGAGUCACAGGUUACCAACCUUAAAAGUCCCGUUAUAAGCUAUGUGGAAAAAGCAUCCAAAUUAAUAAUGCUCACUUAAAUGCCUAAGCAAAACAGAAUUCUGUUUAAAUGGUAAUCUGGUGCAUAUACAUGAAAGGACAGAGGGUGAAGGCUCAGUUCCAGGAACAUUAAGCUCAAUGCGGUUGCUAGUGUCAUAACCUUAAAAAUCCUUCUCUGCACAACGGGGAAUCAAUGUUGGAGGCAUUUUGGGGAGCUUUUGCCAGUGAAACACUGUCUUUUUGUGCAUCUCAUUUGUCUCCCUAGGCUAUAUUUAGAUGUUAGGGGAUGGUACUUUCAUAGAGGCAUGUAUGCUGUUUGCUUUUGUUUCACUGUUGGUUUAUACAGUCAUCACUGUUCUGUGACUGUCAGGCUUGAUAGGUUCCCGAAACAGAAAGGCAAUUGUCUGAGAUGAAUGGUUGAAUUCUAAAACAAGCCUCCCUUCCCCUUCGGUUUCCUCAAGCUUAUAAAACGGGGAAAUAUUUUUACCCAAGAGCAUUUACUUCUCAUUUCUGGCAACACUGAUGGCAGGAGUGCAGAUAGUUUUCACCCUAAUUGCCACCUAUCAUAUGCAUAUACUGGCUUCAUAGUUUUAUAAAAGGCAACUGCACCUGGGAACUUCAGGGUUGGGAACUAGUCCAAUAAAUUUCCAUGGAUUCUGUGUGAUCAUGCCUCAGAACCUUCUUCAGUGCAGAAGGAGUGUGUCACUUCAGCCACUGUGUUUGGCAAGCAGGGGGAAAAAACCAUUUGGGUAUAUAUUAUUGCUCUGCCAAAAGUUAUCCUCUGUGGUUUUUUCAACCAUUAUCCAUCAGUUAAUAAGAAAAGAAAGUGAAGGUUGUCUCUAGGCCUGGGCAAUAUAUCAAUAUGAGGAGUACGAGGAGCAGACUGUGUUGUCAGCUUCACUCAGUAGGUAGCACUGGUGAAACCGCCACCACUCCUGAGUCCCUCUGCUAGCAACUUUCUCCAGCGAGUUGUUAGCAGAGGGACUCAGGAGUGCUGAUGGCUUCACCAGCGAUAUAUCAGGGAGUGAAAUCGCCAUCCCACUCUGCCCUCAUACUGCACAGAGGGACAAAAAGGCUGCAUCUGCAUCUUCUAACUGAGGAGUGUUCAGUUACCACUCCCCCUAGUUAAAGGCUCCCCCAGCCCGGCGCUGGCUCCCACAAAAGCGGGGAGAGCUCUGGGCAUUGGGAGCCCCUCUGGGCAUUUACUGGGGAUUGGGAGCCCUCUUGUGCCCCAGCUAAGCGCACAAAGAAGCUGCCUUGUCCCAGACUGCUAGGGGCUGGGGUGAAACCACCUCAGCUCCCAUGAUGAGAGCUGUGGUGAUCUCACCAGGUGCCUGGCAGGCUGAUGGGAAUGCAACUUGUUUUUUCAACAGCACGGUAUAUUGGCAGGCCACGAUGUUUGGCUGGUGAUAUACCACGAUGCUGAAAAGCUUAUAUCGCCCAGCCCCAGUGGACUCAUUUUAAAGAUAUUGGGGGGCGGGCGGAUUAAGGUGAAAGGAAGGGCUUCCUUUAAAACAAAAUCAGUGAGUGUAUUGCUCUCUGGCUCCUAGUAGCUCAGCAUCCUCAGGUCCCUGUGCUUCAAUUAAAGCCCAGGUGUCUCCUCCCUUAGGGCUUUUCAGAUCAGGAAGCACAAACAGCCAAGGAAAGGGGAGACUGCUGGAGAAAUGUUUAAUGGAAAGAAAAACACACAUACAAAGCUUGGCUAACUUGCAACAACCAUAAGAUAAGCUCAAUCUUACACCCACUGUAUUUUUUUUUUAAAUAAUAAUCUAAAAUUACCUGCUAAUGAGGCAGAAAAGCAGAAACUUCUUUUGCAAGGAAAUAUAACUAUUGGCAGAUUAACAAGGUAUUGGGGCCUUUCUUCCCCAUUUGGCAGAGAGAGAAGGCAGGUUGGAAACUGUAUCGGAUGACCUGCAGUGGAAAGGAGAGGGAAGUGCCCCCAUCAUAUGCUGUUACUCUUCUGUCUUGUGAAAUUUACUUUUCCUCUAACACAGGAAGAUCCAAAGUGGGAAUUUCCUCGGAAGAACCUGGUGCUUGGCAAAACACUUGGAGAAGGAGAAUUCGGGAAAGUUGUCAAGGCAACUGCUUUCAGGCUUAAGGGGAAGGCUGGCUAUACUACUGUUGCAGUCAAAAUGCUAAAAGGUACUUUUUCUGCAAGUGCCUGGAAAUAUCUGCAAAUGAUUUGGUAACUUAUGACAGAGGUCCAGCUUGGAAGCAAAAAGCUGCCGUAUCCCACAUACGUUCCAGCCGGAUGUCCCAAAGCAUUCUAUUUAUAUUCUGACAUUUCCCCCUGUGCUUCAUUGAUGAGGGCAGUCGCUUCCACGGGGCACAAGGGCAACUUGACUUAGCUUGGCCAAUGUAGCUCACUUAAAUUGUCAUCUCAACAGAGGCGUUUCAAGAGCAUUCUAAAAAUGCUGCGCUUUUCAGCUUUAGCUGAACUCUUUCCUACAGAUACUUUAGAGCACAGUAUAAAAAUAGCACCUCAUUGUCACACAAAAGAUGCGAAAGAGCAACAUGCUCACCAGAUCUUUCUCUCUAACUAUAGCUGCUCUAUCGAUAUACAAUGGCCAGAUCUAGAGUAUUUGGUUUGUCACAGCAGAGUGUGACAGAAGCGAAGCAGUAGCUUGGGAGGAAGGCCAGCUUGCCCAUGGGUAUGCCCAUUGUUCCUUUUGCUGUCCUUCACCUGCCUUCCUUUUCCUGCAUGCAGAAUGGUCGGGAAACUCUUAGCUUAGAUAUGUCCAGAGUGAAGAGAGAAAGCAUUUGGCCUUGUGCAAUGCCACGUCCCCUUUCCCAAGCACAUUGGCAUUGGGCUGCAGUAUAUCAGGGGAAGCAGUGAUGGGUGAACCAAGGGAGAUGAAAGGCAGUAUUACCCAUCUCUGCAAAGUAGUAAUAACAAUUUCAAGUUAUGAAAUGGUAGGUUUAUUAAAAAGCUGAAGAUCAUCUAGUUGAGAUAUCUGUACCAGGCAGAAUGUUAUAAACCUCAAACAGCAGUUAAGGCAUUAUUAGCCUCUUGUUGGCAUCCAUCUGUCUUGAGAGACAAUGGGGUGUGCCUCCGAGGUGAAGUCAAACUGCUGGAGAAUCACUGUGUCUGCUGUGGCUACAGAGAUCAGUAACUCAUAACUGUUGCCUCGUGUGCUGUUUUUGCUGUGUAAGCAACACCAAAGUGACCUCUCAGGGGCGCAAGCUUGGGCAGUAUGUAUGGAGGUCCUGGGCUGCCCAGAUGAGAGCCUUGUUGAUGUGGUCCAAAGGAAAGCACAGCAAUACAUUGGGCACCAGCUUGGCUGCCGGAGUUGCUAGGAGGUGGUGUACUGGAUGCCAUCCAACCAUCUUAAGGACUCCAAAUUUGGGUAGACUUUACUCCUUAGUCUUGUCGUCUCCCAAAGAUGUCCUGCAAGGUAGAGGGACAUUAACCUGUAUCACCCAGUUAAUAUUGUGACCAAGCAGGAGCCAGCUAUCAUCAUGCCUAUAGUGCAAAGAGGAAGCUUAGUAAAGGUAAAGGUACCCCUGCCCGUACGGGCCAGUCGUGUCCAACUCUAGGGUUGCGUGCUCAUCUCGCUCUAGAGGCCGUGAGCCAGCGCCGUCCGAAGACACUUCCAGGUCACGUGGCCAGCGUGACGAAGCUGCAGCUGGCGAGCCAGCACUAGCGCAGCAGGCAGAAACGCCGUUUACCUUCCCGCUUUAUAGCGGUCCCUAUUUAUCUACUUGCACUUAAGAGUGCUUUCGAACUGCUAGGUGGGCAGGAGCUGGGACUGAACGACAGGAGCUCACCCCACCGCGGGGAUUCGAACCGCCGACCAUACGAUCAGCAAGCCCUAGGCACUGAGGUUUUAUCCAAAUUCUCAGCAUCUGCUUCCAGGUUCCACUGAGUAUGCAGUAACAGUGUCCGUUCGCCUGUCCCCCCCCCAAGAGCAAGGGGAUAUUAGCAACAGACCUGACUUUUUGGUGCUGAAUCAUCUGCAAAAUAUUACUAAAAGAGGAGCAGUUUCAGUUAGAUUUCUUCUUUAAUGUUCUCAAGUGGUCCUCACUGUUUCCCUUUAGCACCACAUCGCAGCAACUUUUUCAGGCAAGAUACUCAAAGCCAUCAAAGAAUACAGGAGCUUGGAUAGGAGCAGUUUGGCCUGCAUUUGUUCCCUACCUGCUACAUCUUCCUUUGCAAUAGAAUGAUUAGAAGGUUAGGGCUUGAGACAUGAGGGGUUGUUAUAGCAACCCAACUGUUAAAGGUGGGUGUCGGUUAGAGAAUCUAGUGGAGCAAGAGUUUUCAAGACAAUCUAAGAUUCUUUCAUGAAAAUAAACAAGCCUGAUUCACUUCAUGCCUCUCAGUACCCUCUUCUUUGGCUUGGAGGAGGCUAAUUUUUUCCAUGUGGGUAGAAAUCAAGGAAGCACUUUCAGUCUCUCUAUACAUUAUUCAUUUAAGGCAUUUUAAACCUGCUCUUCAUCUGAAAAAGGCUCCCAGAGUGGUUUACAUGAAUAAUUAAAACAAGGAACACCUUGCCCCUAAUUUGUUUAAGAUGGUUAUUUGCAGCCAGUAAGUGCCAGAGAUCCAGGUAGUAUGUCAGUAUUUCAAUAUUAUGGGAAUAGUGCUUGUAAUUAAUAUAUGGUAUUUCUUCUAUUGCUCUGUUCUGCAGAAAAUGCUUCCCAAAGCGAGCUGAGAGAUCUGCAUUCAGAGUUCAAUCUUUUGAAACAGGUCAACCAUCCACAUGUCAUUAAACUCUAUGGAGCUUGCAGCCAAGAUGGUAAGUGAGAUUCACACAUUAUACAAGUGGGGACCAUUUUAGGCAUGUCCAAUUUAGCAUGACUGCUGACGCACGGGUCCUUUUGGACCUGGAAGAAUGGGGUGGGACAGGGGCAGGGUGGGCUUAUGUGCAUUCUGUCGAUGUGCGCUGUCCAGAGCUGUCGAUGUGCACUGUGACCUGGAGCGCAAGCACCGUGGAAAUGAGGGUUGCCUGUAUAUAAAAUAAGAAAGAGACGGUAUGUAAUCCCCAGAGUGCCACAAGAGAAAUACAAGCUUGGCACAGUCAAUCAAUCAGUUUUUCAGUCCUGUGCCCCAAAGUAUCCAUCAGCAGAGGAGGCUGCCUUUUAUUUCUACUGUGGCACUUUCACUGCUCUGGUCAUUCCUACUUCCAAACAUAUUCCACUGGGGGCCUGUUUUGGGGCCCUACCUUCGCAUUGGAUGCGAUUGCUUUUCUGGUGAAAAGAUCAACAGAAAUCUGGGCUAAGGAGGCGGCUUGCAGAAUCACCGGGCUUUAUUGGACAAAGGUGCUGCCGGCUUAGAUAUUGAAAUACUCCCAUUACAUGUGUAUUAGUCAGCUAAAAUGGUAGUACCUGUGGCCACCUGCUUUGGACAUGACAGGAACACUUUCACAGUGAUAGGUACAAUCCAGCAAAACAAGUAAGAAACACACCUACACCUUACUGAUAACUUUAUAGGAUUUGGUCAAUUACUGUAUUGGCCCGAAAAUAAGCCACACUCGAAUAUAAGCCGCACCUUUAAAAUUGGAGGGGGGACGGGACAAAAGAAAUACCUGAAUAUAAGCUGUUCCCUUCCUUGCUGCUCCUGGCUGCAUGCUGGGACUGCAUUGCUGGUGGCCUUUCCUGUUCCUCGCUCUCUCGCUUCCCGGCCUUGGGGGAGAGGACGGGGGGGGGGACUACACAUGGGGUGGGUGCUGCUUUGCUGUGCUUCUGGCUGCAUACCAUAAGGUCACAAAUAUAAGCCACACUUAAACUUUUCAUGGUUGGAAUUUGGGGAAAAAGUGAGGCUUAUAUUCAGGUCAAUACAGUAAGUGACAGAUGCUUAGUUUAGAAAUAAUAUUCCAUAGGACGGUGCAAUAAAACAGCCGGAGGGGGAAUUAGUCUGGUAACUUAGGCAUUCAUUUCAAUAGAUCUGAUGGCAACUGUUGUUGCAUAGCAACAGUCUCACAUUUGAAGGGGAACUGUGCCUUAAGGGACUGGCAUGUGAUUUGUUAUACUGCCAUACUGAAGUUGGUUGAUUUGUGCAGCCGUAUAUUCAGCAGCACCCCCAGUUUCUGAACUUGCUAACCAGCCACAUUCAUUAUAUGUUUCCAUAUGGCACAAUUUAUAAGAAUUUCAUUUGUGGCUGACAGCAUGUGGGGAAGGUUUUUGUCGUCUCCAAAGCCCUGGGAGCAGGGUUCCAUUGGAGUCCCUGGGGUCAGAGUUUUAGUGUCCUGCUUAGCAUCUUGUCCCUCCUAUGGCAAGCACAAGCAAGAUAUAUUACACAAAGUCUAUGCAGAUGUAUUUAAUUCAAAUAAUGUAUACAGGCUGCAGCAUCCUGCUUUUGUGUAUAUAAAAUUUGGAUUCAUUUGGCCUGGAAUUUCAGGGUGUUGUUAUUUUUAAAUCGGAGAAGACACAAAGCCCUGCCUAACAAAGAUAAAUACAGUGCUAGGUUUUAAGGUUGGUGAAUGAGUAAAAUUGAUACAAGCUUCACACUCUCUUGUUAGCCUGGUACAAUAGGGGAGAAUGCUAGGAUUCCUGCUGUUUCUGGUUUGGAUGCUUAUAUUCUCUGCAUUCUGUUAAAGCUGGGAUAGGAGAGCUUUGAACCUCCAGGCCUCUGUGUUCAAUAUUGUAGCAUGGGGGAAAGCAUUCAUGUGGGUGGCUAUGAUGAGGCAAAGCUUGCUAAUGGACUGAAAUGUCAGGAUCCUUUCUGCAGGAAUCUAUACUUGAGAGCUUUAACAAACCACUGUAAUUAGUGUGCAGGGAGCACGAGAUACUGUGAGGAUUACCACAGGCUGCAGAAAACAAUGUUCAUACCUUAAACUGAGUGCUUUUGACUGGUUUCUCUGCGCAGACCAAUUUGCAUAGAAAUCUUCCUUAAACAUUCCAUAAAACCAAGGAAACAUCACAAUUUAUCUGUCUGACUUUGGAAGAAGUGCAGCGUAACACCAUUGAUUGCUUUUCUUAGACAGGAUACCCAAAGGCAUGUUCCCAGAAAGAAGCACUUUUCAUUUCAGUUGCCUGUCUCCAUGGUGGGAGAACACUUCUGAACAUAAGAGUUCACCUUAUAGCACUGGGUUUUGUUGUGCUCUUUUUCAUAGUGAAGUUUAUAUAAUGUUCCUUUGGUGGGGUAGGAGAGCUGGAGUGUGGGGGGAAAUCACAUCUGGAAACCAGUGUGCCCCUUUGGUUUCAGAUAGUACAUGGGGUAGAUGAGUCUAAAAAGCCCAGGACACAAAUUUUCACAGCCCUCCAGCAGCUAUGGUAGUACAUUUACCAGAAGUAAUGUAUUUAGAAUUAAGUGUAUAGUUGAUUCUGACCAAACUAAGCCCCGUAGGAUUAUGUGCAAAUAAGCUUUAUAUUCUGAUUUGCUUGAUGUGCGUAAUUUAGGCUGUAGUGCUGCAAGGGAGUAAGACCCGUGGAUCUUAGUGGGACUUAGGUCUGAGUAAGCAUGCAUAGGACUAGACUGUUAAAACAGGUAACAAAAUUAAAUGGUUUUUUGGGGGUGCAGGUGUUUGUUUGUUUUUAAGUACAAGGUGUAUAAAUCUUGCUGAUAUGCUGCUUUACUAAUUAUUGAGAACAAUAAUUUUUAUGUAUCUUUUUACGCCUCAGGGCCUUUGUACUUAAUAGUCGAAUAUGCUAAAUAUGGCUCCUUGAGGAGUUUUCUGAGGGAAAGCCGAAAAGUUGGGCCCAGCUAUAUGGGGAGUGAUGCCAACAGGAAUUCCAGCUACCUGGACAAUCCAGACGAGCGAGCCUUAACCAUGGGUGACCUGAUCUCGUUUGCAUGGCAGAUAUCUCGCGGAAUGCAGUACCUUGCUGAAAUGAAGGUAUGGCGUCCCUCAUCUCACCCUCUCUUUGUGGCCUUCCAAGUAAGCAUACAUGACAGUUAAACGUCUUUCUUUCUUUUCCCCAAAGCUUGUACAUCGUGAUUUAGCAGCCAGAAAUGUUUUAGUAGCCGAAGGGCGUAAGAUGAAGAUUUCUGACUUCGGUUUGUCAAGAGAUGUUUAUGAGGAGGACUCUUACGUCAAGAGGAGCAAGGUACAAACACGGUCACUGGCAGCCUGGGAUUGAUAAGUUGAUAAGGAAACUAUACACAUUAGUAAGAGAACUUCUGGACACAGCACAUUGAAACAUGUCUAGCAGGACUCAUCAGUGCACAAACUUUUGUGUGCCUUGAGAUUGUAAAAAGGAACAGCUAAUAUGGGUUGUGUAAAACCUGUGUAAGUAGCCUUCUGUUUUUGAUCUUGUGCAAGCUAUUUACUUUCAACCCAAGGGUUUCCCUGGUGCAUCCAUGUUUUGCUGUAAUCCAUAUGAAUGAAAUGCACAUUUUCUGAUAAAAGGCAUAUGAGACUAUUUGACAACAUGCAUGUUAAAUGUGACAAAAGUGAAAUGAAAACAAAUGUGACAUGAGAAGCAGUGCUAAACAGAACUUGCAAGCAGUAAUAGUUCUUUAUUUUCCUGCCAGGGUCGGAUACCUGUGAAGUGGAUGGCAAUUGAAUCUCUCUUUGAUCACAUCUACACAACACAAAGUGAUGUGUAAGUCUAUGUAUUUAUGUUCCCUUUCAUGCAACUUUGUCUUUGUACUCACGCUGUGCCAGAACACCUCGGGCUGAAGAGGCCACCUGCUCUAUAGCCCUACUGUAGAAAACAGAGUAAGUUGUAGCAGGCUGGAUAGUCAGCUUCUCAAUCACAAGAUACCCAGCAUCUCCUGCAAGGAGGAGAUUAAACCUUAGCUAGCAGUAACUCAAGGUUUGUUUAACAAGCUUUUACUGGCCAAGGCAUUCAUGAAGCCUCACUUUCAGCUAGCUUUCUGCAGUCCUUCAAACACAUUUGCUGUAACACUGGACAAUAUAAUGUCAAGGCUGAAUUUCCCUAGAAUCAGAACCCCUCUAACCCAGGGAUGGGCAACCUUUUUUCUGUCAAGGGCAGCAUUCAUAGAAUUGUAGAGUUGGAAGGGAGCACCAGGGUCAUCUAGUCCAACCCCCUGCAAUGCAGGAAUCCUUUGCCUAAUGUGGGCUCGAACCCAUGACCCUGAGAUUAAGAAUCUCAUUCUGUACUGACUGAGCUAUCCCAUGCUUGAGGGCAAUCUGUCAAGGCUGCAUGCCCACAGUAGGCAGGGAUAGAGCCAAAAGUGGGCACAGCCACCCAUUUUCUCUUUGUCCAGCACCCUGUUUUCUUUCCCCUUCCCCAUCAAAUGAGCUGCUAGCAGAGGGACAGGUCACUCUUGCCACAACACUGUAAAGAUGGGGGGGGGACCUUUAAUCGCUUGCUGCCACAGCGUCAUCCUUAGACUACAUGAUAGUUCCAUCCUUGAACCUACAGUCCAUUGUAGUGCAUUGUCUCUGACCCCCACCUCCCCAACGUGCUAUUUUGCCCUGCAAAGAAUUGCAGCUCAUUAGAUUUCAUACACAACCAGUAACCUCUAUCUUUAAUGUUUGUAUAAAGUGGAGGAUCUGAGGACAUACAUAGCUCUUGGUGGGAGAAGCCUGAGCCACUCCACUUUCUCUCUUUUGUGCCGUUAUGAAGCACAGAGGCUUUCUUGAAUGCAAGCUGGUGAAUUUACCCUUCAGAAAUCACGGGGGUUUUGUCCGUUUUCCUUUUGCUGGCAUUCCUGUUUUCUCUCUCCUUGCCUCAGUAAUGUUCUGUAUCUGUGAAAUAAAAUAGACUCCGUCUGAGAAAUUGUGGUUUCUUCAGUAUGAGGUCACAUUCCCAGGAUGUUAGGUGUCGGGACUUGUGUGCACAGAUGGGGCCCUCGGAAUGCAGUUUGAAGAAUUGUGCUGGGUUCUGGGCAUGAAGAAUUCUUUUGUACUUAGCGAGCUUUUUGCUCAUAUUCCAGUGACCAGCAGAAGUAACCACAGAAUGCUGGGAAAAAGCCAGCUUGAACCAUACCGGGGGGGGGGGGGGACACAUUCCACCAGCUAAUGAGGGGAGCUUAACAAAUACAAUCUGGCUAUUUAACAUGUAUUCUGCUGGUGACAUUACUUUGUGCAAGUGUUCAUUCAAGUCCAUGUCUCUCAGCAUGAUUCAUGCGAAGGAACGGUGUUUUGGCAAUGUGCACUGAUCAGUUAUUUAGAACUAUAGGUGGCCAACAUUCAUUUAGUGCUAAACAUCCCUGCAAAUCAGUCACCUGAAUUUAUCAAUGUGUUUGUGACCCUUCUGUGGAACCUUCAACUACAGAAGCAUGGAAGGGCAGCAUCACCUCCAUGUGAACUGGCAACUGUGGGAAACAAUGCUGGUCUGAUAAUGGCAAUACAGCUCUUGUGUCUCAGUUAACUGAUUGAAGUGUGCUAUUUAGCAGUGAACUGGUUUAAGGCAAACAUAAAGCAUGAUAAAGCACAAGUUACACAGGGCUGGGGAACCUUUGGCCUUUGGGCCAGAUUUGGCCCGCCAGGCCUUCCAGUUUGGUCCACCAGACCAUUUCCCCAAACUCACAUUUACCUGUCCUACACCUGAUGUCCCAUGUGAAGUCAGUUGCCGGGAAGGUAAAGAUGUGGUUGGAUCAGCUGUAUGUGCACCUGAAACCAGAAGAUAGCAAGAAUGAAUCAAUGCUACACAUCAAUCCUGGUUGGUCAAUGUCUACCCCCUGCCCCUCGCUAACUUUAUCUAGGUGGGUAGGCCAUUAUGAUGUCAGAUGAUUGACAACUGGGUGAUUCUGGGUGACAGCAGCAUAAAAUGGUGAGGGACAUGGGGAGUGGCAGAUCUUCAACAAAAAGCAACACAAAAUGCAAUAAAUAAAUUGAGCAGGAGCUUGGAAUGGGUAUAGGUUAGUAUACUAACUAACUAACAUGACCUAUAAGGAACCCUCCAAUGCUAUAACUAAUUCUGUGGCAAACUGUUUUUACAGAAACAAGGGAGAACCUUAGAAAUAAAAUCCAAAUUACUGUAAACCCUGUUUGGCAUCAUCAUAGAGAGAAUGAUAAAACUGUGUGGAAGAGGCACAGAUUCAAAUAAAAGGCAUAUAAAGGGAACAGAUGGACUUCAAAAACUUUGUGAAAGGUUAUCUGACUUAAUUAAACCAAACGUCAAGGAAGUUGCAGAAAGUUUCUUUCCAUGCUAGUAAUAAUGGUCUGGUUAAGAAAAGAAUGUAAAAAAAAUCAUCAUAUGACCAAAUGAGGCAAGCAGUUCAGUUAUGCAACCAUUUUUGCAAACCAGUUCCUUACUGAAGUAAUUUCUUAAAAUUUAUGAAGCAGAAUGAUUGCUGCUCCAAGAGAAAAAGGUUUCAGUUGCCAAAAAUUUCAGGAGGAAUCCCAUCCUAGUGCGUUUAACACAGCUUGUGACUGCAAAGCUGAAAAGUGGUGAAAAAGUCCCAGCCACUUAGAACACAUUCAAUCUCAUACAGCUCAUUAGGAAAAUGCACUGUUAAUCACUUUGGUUACAAGGUAGUGCACAUUACAAAAGAAGAAGAAAGUGAGAGAGUACAAGUUUGCCUAAAUUUUGCAUGUGAUAAUAGAUACAUACAUCUAUCUCUAUGUAUAGAUGCACAUUUAUAAAUAAUGCCUAUACCUUAAAUAGAAAUACAGUGGAACCUUGGUUGUCAAACACUUCAGAAGUCAAACAUUUCAGCUUUCAAACGCCGACAACCUGGAAGCAAAUGCUUCCAAGGCGCAAUUCUCCAUUUUCUCAAUGGAUUCUACAGACCGUCCAUUGAGCCUUGGUUGUCAAACGUUUCUGAAGUCGAACGGUCUUCCGGAACGGAUUACAUUUGACAACUGAGGUUCCACUGUACAGUACAUCUCACCAUUGUGGGGAAUACUGUGGCCAAGUGAUCUGUGUGCCUGAUCUGUUUGCUGCCCAGGUGCUGACUGUUGAGGGACAACUUCAGGGCGCCCACUCUCCUUUCUUAUGGUUAUCUUUUAAUUAGACACAAGCAGGGCAGCCCUUUGAAUAGAGGAUUGGAGCCACUGAUUUAAGGGGAAUAGCCGUGUCUCCCUUUCUCUGGAUUGUGUUUUGUGACUAGGAUUGUUGAUCCUAGUUAUUUGAGAACUAAAAUAAAGCUUUUCCUUUUUUAAAGUUAAAUGUGCAAUUGCACCAUGCAGUUCAGAGAAGUUGCAAUAGAACAUUGGGUUGUAUCCAUCAUUAGUCAUAUUUAGAGUAGACCCACUGAAAUUAAUGCAAAUGAAUAACUUGCAUCUAUUCUGAGUAAAACCUAGUUGUAUACAACCCCAUAGAUUAUGCAGUGUGAAACCGAAUUCUAGAAAACGAUCAGCUUCAUCAGAUAUGUAGAUUUAGUUUCACCAGUGCACAACUGAUGUGCAGUAUGGAGGCUGGAGUAAACUUCAGUGUAAGCCCAUUACCCUAAUGCUUCCAGUAAAUAUUCCUUUCUUUUCUUCUCAGAUGGUCAUUUGGAGUUCUGCUGUGGGAGAUAGUCACUCUGGGAGGUAACCCCUAUCCAGGUAUUGCUCCUGAGAGACUGUUUAACCUCUUAAAAACAGGCUAUAGAAUGGAGAAGCCAGAAAACUGCAGUGAAGAAAUGUAAGUAGCAUCAAGCUGCCAGCAUUGCUGAUCAAAGAGAUUCCAUUAGUUGAUUAUACCAAUAAAAUAUUAUGAUCAGCUGCUCUGAUUUAGGUCUUUUCCAGACAGAAGGUCUUGAAGAUGUAGCUUGAGUGUGUUUAGAAAAACAAAGAGGAGGUGUCACACCUUGCCAUCAUAAUGAAUUGUGAAGCAAUGAACUCAGACAUAAAAUUGACAUAUAAAUAGACCAAAGAUAUGAGCUGGAGCUAGGUGAAAAAUCUAUUCACUGAUGUAUUUGGGGGAGGCAGGAUAAUGUACCCAUCAGACAAUUCAAAACAGAAGUUGAGCAUACCCCAAAACUCUUGCCUCAGAUCAACACACCCAUAGCAGGAUAGGCUGUUCAUAGGCAACCGUCGUUUUUCCUUGGGGAGCCAAUUAUACAAGGGUGUAAUUCUAUGGUUAAGACAUGGCUGAGUCGUUCAAAUGGUACACCAGCCACAUAGGAGCUGCUUGUGAAAAAGGCAGCACCCACACCACUAUAGAGCAUUUAAAGGACAGCAAUGACUGCUUUUAGGGCUGCAGUAAAUUUGUUUCUUCAUUCGCUUACACAGUGGCUUAGUUUUCGGCUCAGACAACUUGCAGGCUGAAAGGCAUCUUACAAAGGAUUUUUUUUUUUUUUUAGCCACCACCAAAAACAUUGGAUCCAAAAGCAGUUUAACUAUAAAUGGGUUGUUUGUUACAGUGUCUUAUCUUCCUGGCUGUUCGAGACAGCCAUCUCUCUGUGCAGACUCCUGCUUCUCCCUCAGUCCUGGGGAAAGGCAGUAGGCAGCUUUGCGUGGAUUCUUCACUUUUUUAAAACAAAAAACAAUGAAGAUCGCACAAUGAUAAAAUUGAAUUCUGCGGUCUGUAUAGAUGUCCCAAUAGCACCCUGCCUCUGCCUGCUUGCCACUUCCUUGUUGAUCACUAUGUGAUCUGAGUAGAAGCAACUUGCUUAUACAAGUUGGCCAAGGGUUUUGUGUAGAGGAGGAGGAUAAGAAACCAUUUUAAUUUUUUUUGAGCCAGAGAGUCACAUUCCCUUGUGUGGCUAACCUUCUGAGCGCUGGGCAACGUCACAGUAGUGGAAACUCACCUGAAAUUCUUCCUCCCACACACAUGUCUACACACAUACAGCAAUUAGGUAUUGGAGGGUUUUUCAAGCUUAAUUGCUUAGCGAGGGUAUGAUCUUAAUGGAGAGCACAGUGAGUAGGGAGUGAAGAGUUAAUAUUUCUCUCCAUUGCUGCAGUCUCCAUAAAGAUACCGUCCCCCUGCAGGGCAGUUAAACUUUUUCAAAACACUUCCAUUGUCACCAGUGGUAACUUUUAAAAAAAAACCAACCUAACUCCUGGAUUGAGGUCAGAUAAGGAGGGGAGUCUGCACAGGUUGCAUUCAGCCCAUGGGGUGGAGGUUUCCCCUUCUUGGUGUAGACACUUUGAUUACUCUGGCGCUGUUGCCACUGCUUAAUGUUUGGGUCCAUUUGUGCAUGUGAAGCAUCUCAACAAAGUAUUUGUAUUAAUCAAUAUAACAUUCUCUUAUGUGUCUUCCUGAAGGUACAAUCUGAUGCUUCGCUGCUGGAAACAAGAACCAGAUAAGAGGCCGACAUUUGCUGAGAUCAGCAAAGAAUUAGAGAAAAUGAUGGUAAAGAGUAGGGUAAGUGCCUUUCAGGCUUUAUCACUGUGCAUGAAGGAAAGUUGGAAAGAUUUUCCAGUGCAAGGAUUUACAUACCAGUAAUUGGUAAGACAUUGUCCAUUUUCCACCAUUCAUCUUUGAAAAGAAUGAGAUCAAAUAAGAGUGCAAAUGGGGGAUAUUUGAAAUUGGGAAGCCCUACCUAAUGAGAGGAGGUUGAUGGUUCAGAGGAAGGGAUGCAAUUGCAUAUCACAAAAAGCUUUUACUGGUGGCUGAUUACAUUUUUUUAUAUACACCAACAAACUUUAAUGUGCGAAAAGGCACUUAUAUUCACUUCGUAGUCAACUUUUAUGUUCCUUUUGACCCUAGACACCACUCACUUACCUGUUUGCAGCAACAUAUGAUUGCAACAAACAGGUGUUUUGAGAACACAUGCUGCAUUCACCAGAGACAAGAUUACCUGUGCCCCCCUCUUAAAUGGCCAUUGAUGUGCUCAUAAGUGACUUGGGUCUGUUUCACAAAUUAUCAUGGAAGGAAAAUUCUACAACAGUUUUCUUUGUCUAGUUGUAAAAGAUAAAUAAAUAAAUAAAUGAGUAGCUGAAGAUCAAACUCCUGUAAAGAAGUAAUUGGCUUAUACCAGCAUUCAGGUUUCAAGUCACUUGUUUUUCUAAGUGAUGUACCCUCAUCUGAACAAAGUGUUGGAAGUUUAUGGGCUGCGUGAAGGUACCCUUCCCCCAGUUCCUCUGAAAGCUUUGGUGCCUUUAAAACUGUUUCUUCUGGCAGCUGCUGCUCACAGCCAGCUCCAGUUCUUUACAAGGCCCUGUGAUCUCUGCCCCCGCCCCCCAAUCAGAAGCUGAUGUGGGUGGGCUUUGGCUCACUGGUACUCCUUGACAAACAGAGCUAACUGUGAGCAGCAGCUGCUGGAGAAGAGUUUUUCAAGCCACAGAAGCCCCAUUAGAAGCUUGGAAUUUGACCAAGGAAGAAGAGGAGCAGAUUCCUGCCCAACCUCAUUUCCUUCUAGUUGAAGGGGGGAAGUGGAAAACUGCAUCUGCAUGUGAGAAACCUGUGCUGAAUUAUACCAACCUCAUUGACUGCCCCCUCAGAUUAGAUAUAUACUUUUAUGAAAUAUAUGUUAGUUACUGCUGAUCACUGCCCAAAAGUUUUCCUUUAAGGCUCUAGGCAUUUGGGGAUGUAUCAUGCUGCAGCCCUAGCUUCACUUAGCUGAGGGAAUUGGGCUGUCAUUCAUUCAUGUAAAACCAAAAUACCUGUUUCUCAUUAAGUAGAGAACAACAGAUCAUUUAAGUGUAGAUCGAUGCAAAAUGUCAAAAUCCAGAGGUAGGAUAGUGCAGCAGAGAAAAAAUAGGUUUUGUUGUUUGUAUUUUGUUUUGUUUUUUUUACUGGAAUCCCCAAAGUGGCUCACCAAAUUAAUCAAAAAUACUGUUCUGUGAAAAACAUUUUUUAAACAAAAGUCUGGAUAAAACACAAACUUUCUUCUUAAAAGGGUAGUAUAAGAGCCCAAGCACAGCCAGGCUCGGUUACUUGAUUUCUAUGAGUCCUUUUAAAGUCAUUUCCAAAAUGGCAAUUUAUUCAAAAUGGCAUCGAAAAACAGGUUUAGGAGGACACACCCCUCUUGCCAGCUUGGAGUAGCUUCAUCUAGUCCAUAUGUGCUUUAUCCAAGUAUUCACUAAAUGAACCUUCCCCUCCCCAAAUCCAAACUCUACAGGACUGCCAAAGUGUAAGUAUCUCCCUACUCCUUGACCAGUAAACUAAUCAAAACUCUGCACGAUGGUAAGAUGCUGGGCUUGAGAAAAAUCGCUCAGGUAAGCUUGUGCUAAAAGGUACUAGCAUUUACAUGGAAAAAUACAUGGCCAGAGGAAAAGGUCCGGCAGGUUGCUGUGUAUGAUGGACAGAGGUACCCAUAAAAUAGACCCUGCUGACUUCCCAAACUGGAGUUUCAAGCUUUUUAAGAUAAAGAAACUAGAAUGUCAGGCUGACCAAACCUUAACUAUCAGGACAUCUGGUUCAUCACGCUCUGCAGCAACAAAUAGCUAUUUGCAUACUUGGUAAGUGUAGUUAAUGUGCUCAUUAACUGCCUCUCAGAACAGUUUAUAAUUAUAAAUAAACACACACUACUCAAAGACGCAGUUUUCCAGGAAGGGCAAUACUAUGCCGUGAGUAGGGAGUUGGACCUAACAAUGCACAGUCCAGAUAUUCAUAAGGAAUAAAGGGAUUUUAAGAAAUCCAAAUGAUUCAAAAAGCAAAGCUUCACAAUGCAAGGAAGUCCAUUCCAGAGUAAUCAACUCACAAGUAAUGUUUGUGGUUUUUUCAAUGAAAGGGAAAAGGUGGACAAGGUGCUUGGAUCAGUCAGGAAAACCACUUGUGCUGUGGACCCUUGGCCCUUGCUAGCAGGGAGGGAACAGCUGACUGGGCCAGGGAGAUGAUUAAUGCCUUCUUGCAAGAGGGAGUGGUCCCUUCCCGCUUGAAGGGGGCACUGGUAAAACCACUUCUCACUGGCUGCCAAUGCAAAGUGUUGAUUUUACCUAUAAAGCCUUAAACUGCUCAGGACCUCAAUACUUCAAAGGCCACCUCUCCCCACAUGAACCGACCCAGACCCUGCAGUUAUCACCAGAGGCCCUUCUUUGCAUGCCUCCACAAGAGGUCCAGAGGGUGGCAACAUGAGAAUGGGUCUUUUCUGCGGGGGUUCCCCAUUUGUAGAAUGCUCUCCCCAGGGAUGCUUGCCUUGCUCCUUUGUUACGUAUUGUUAGGUGCCAGGAAAAAGCAUUCCUCUUCUCCCAGGCCUUUGCCUGAUUCAACAAACUAUAGCUUUGAAACUGGGGUGGGGGGUAUUGUUUUUGUUUGUUAGAAUGUUAUAUAUUUUGUGAUUUUAUAUUGUAUACCGCCCUGUGAUCCUCAGAUGAAAGGUAGUAUACAAAUUUUAUAAAUAAGAUGAUGAUGAUGAUGAUGAUGAUGAUGAUAAAGUAUUCCUCUCCCCAAAUAUGGUAGUCAGGUAGACCUUGUCUCAUGAAGCCAUCCAAUGGAGCAAACCAAAAGUCUGAUUUCAACAGUGGCUAACUGGAUUCCUCCUGGAAGCUUAUAAGCAUGUAACGAAGGCAACAAUCUUCUUUUGUGGUCCUGUUCUAAAUAAUUACAGUGGUACCUCAGGUUAAAUACUUAAUUCGUUCCGGAGGUCCGUACUUAACCUGAAACUGUUCUUAACCUGAAGCACCACGUCAGCUAAUGGGGCCUCCUGCUGCUGCCGUGCCACCUGAGCACAAUUUCUGUUCUCAUCCUGAAGCAAAGUUAUUAACCUGAGGUAAUAUUUCUGGGUUAGCGGAGUCUGUAACCUGAAGCGUCUGUAACCUGAGGUACCACUGUACUAUUAGAACUUUACUGUAUCACUACACCACCUCACCUAGCAUUUUAUGUCCAGCUGUGGCUGUUUCUGAAAUUUCACAGAAAAGGGGGGCAUUACCCUUUCUAGGAGUCUGGAAUCUUCCUGAUUCCAGCAGUCCCUUCCCCACGUACCAGAUUCAUCAAAUAAAUGGUUCUGAAAUGGUUCCCGAUUGCUCAGAGGAGCUUCUGUGCCAUGCUGAUAAUCGUACUCGGAACGCUUCUGCUAUCCUGGAAGAGGCACAACAUUUUCCAAGUCUGCCUGCCAGACUCACUAUGUUAACUUGCUGGCAAAGGACAUCGCUCAUGGGGAGCCGUAAUUGAGCAUAUGUCUAAAGAAGCAUGUCUAGUGUUAAUCCAAACAAAUGUGUUGCCAAGGAUACCAUUCUUGCAGAAAGCAGGUUGGUGAUGAUCUCAUCCAUACUGAUCCUUUAGUGUUCAAUUUAAAUUGUGAGAAAUGUGGAUAGAAAUGAUAGCCAAAGAGCUGCACUCUCAACCAACCCUAAUCCCUCCUCUCUCUUUUCUUAAAUCUGUUUAGGACUACUUAGACCUUGCAGCUUCCACCCCAUCCGACUCCUUGCUAUAUGAUGAUGGACUCUCAGAAGAGGAGACACCCCUCGUGGAUUGUAAUAAUGCUCCCCUCCCUCGAACCCUCCCUUCCACAUGGAUUGAAAACAAACUCUAUGGUAGAAUUUCACAUGCAUUUACUAGAUUCUAGCAACACACACACCCAAAGUGAUUUUCUUCUGCACUGUCCUCACACUCUCUGUAAUAUCCUUUAGAGCGUUAUUUGUCUGAAUGAAAUCAGUCAAAAUUUGCUUGGCAAGUCUUUCUUUUCCUUUCAUUUGUCACUGUCAAAACUCUGCAUUAGGUUCUUUCUUUAGCCGGUUCUGCAGCUGUGUUUAAUUUUUUAAUUUUUUUUAAAAGAAAAAGGAUGUGAAAACGUGCAACUUUACUAAAUAUAUAUUGUAUAAUAAAAGAAAAAAACUAAUUCCUAGAUCAGGGAAGUACUCUCAGGGGAAGUUUAAAAAAAUGCUAGCAAAUAUUCAAUUAAAACUAUACUUUUCGGUAUCCAUGGAAUUGAGAGCACUUCAAGUGCAUCAUUUAAUAUGGCAUCUCUAAUUUUAGGUAACUUUUUUUUUACUACUUGAAGAUUUUUAUUCCCCCCUUCCCCUCACAUUUCACUGUUAAGAGUCCAUUGCAUAAUAGUUCUUGUUUUUAUUCUGAUGGAUUCCUGAAUUUCAACUGUUGCCUGUAUAUUUUAAGUUCCCAGUCAGCCAUGGCUGCUUACUAAGUAGUGGAAUUUAGGGUGGGGGCAGAGAAGGGAAGUCUAAAAGAGUCAGCUUACAAUGCAGAGAAGUCAGAGUAGAGCAAGUACAGCUGUGUAUUUCAUUGGAAGCUGAAUUGGUGAGGACCACAUGAAAGCAACCUCUUCUGUUUUCACAUGCUUUUGGUUUCUCAUGAAAAUGUCAACAUCUAAGCCAUGUUUUGAAUGUUGUCGCAAGUGUCUUAAAAAGGAAUGUGCUUUAAUAUUGUGGUGGUGAGAUGGACAGUAAAGAUGGUUCUUGCCAAAACUCCUACAUUUUUUUGUCUUGUAAUUAAAUGCUCUACAUGCCAUUUAAUGCUUUCAAAUUGCUAUAAUUCAAGCCAUGUGGCUUUCCCCCUUUGCCCAUUUUUUUGUCAGCAUUGAGGUACUGAUUUGGAGCCUAAUAUUGAAGCCUCCGUUCUUCAAUUCAUAGUUAGACUCUUAAAUUAAUGGGCAUGUUUUUAAGAUGGCUUAUGUACCAGGCUAAUCUUUCCGAAGUCAAUGAGUUAUUUGAAUGCCCCUUGAAUAGUCUAGAGUAGACCAUAGUUGUUAUAUUCAGGUUCCAAAAGAAAUACUUGGAGAUUUAUUUGUGUCUUAGACUUCAAGGCAUCCUUGCAAGGAGUAGUCCUGCCCCAGCCCCCAAACUAAACAGAAACAAUUAGGUGAUUCAGGAAGAAGAGCAAGAAUCAAAUCUGACAUUCACUGGCCCCGUGGAAGCUGUUCCAGGGCCCAUUAAAAAUAUAUAUGCUUAUGUACAUACAUCCUAUUGACUUCAAUGGGAUAAAUGUUUUUAGGAGUGAAACAUGCAUGCUAAGUAUUUAAACUUGUCAGAAUGGAAGACUAUGUAGGCUUACUACUGCUUUGAGCACUUUAUUUACCACAGGAAUACUCCAUUGCAAUAACCAAUCUGCUGUAUUCCCAUGAAAAUACAACAUUGUGAGAUCCAAAGACCUAUCAGGAGCUUGUACUGGGGAUAUAUAUCAGGAGAGCACUUUAUUUUUCAUUGUUUUGGCCUUCACUGCAACCUGUGCUUCAGUGCCUUUCAAACACAUCUGUUUGGUUUUUGUGUGUUUUCUUUUCUUCUUUUUGUGGUGGUGGGGAUAUUUUGUAAUUUGGCUUGCAAUUGUUUAAGGGAGUUUUGCCAAGGGCCUUACUGUCUGCACAUGAAGUUUUGGUUCUUCAGUGCAGAAAAAAUUAUCUGUUUUCAUUUUUAGGCAUGUCAUACCCGAACUGGCCUGAGGAGAGCCCCGUUCCACUCACAAGAUGCGAUGGCCCUAAGUCUGUGUUUUCAAGAUAUGCAAAUGAUAGUGUAUAUGCUAACUGGAUGGUUUCACCCUCAGCGGCAAAAUUUAUGGACAAGUUUGAUAGUUAA